AUGGAAGAGCAAAAUGAAGGAAGCAGAACAAUGGUAAGAGAUGAUAUUAGAAUUAUUGCUUUACAGCUCUCUACCAGAAUGGAUAUUUUGCCAGAGUUACCAUAGAUUUAAUCUUUUUUGUGUGUGUGUGUUUUGCAAUCAAAGAUAACUAACCCGAAGAUAGUGAGCAAGUCAUCGUACAAAAAUGUAAAUGACAAUUAGUAUAUAUUUCUGGUGGAAAUGGAUUGUUUUAAUGGUGACAAAAUCCUGUUGUGUAAUAAGUACCAAAGGACAGGUCAUUUCAACAGUUUCAUCAAUCGCAAUAAGAAAUGAAAGGUGCAUUUAGAAAUAGAUUCACACAUGCUAAAAUGAUAUUGCUUUUCUGCCUUAAAUAAAGUUUCUGGGGCUGCAAGACUGUAUCUGAUGACCUGGCUAUCGUCCUCAUUGAAAUCAGUGGGAUAUACUUUUGAAUCGACACAUAUAGAAUCAUUCUUCUCCCCACCAUUUGGGGCACAUUUAAACACUAAAGAAGAACAUGCAUAAAAACUCUAGAUUGGUACUGAUUUCAGUGACAUUUGCACCCUGCCCUUAGUACUCUGGCUAGUAAGUACAAACUAUGCCAACUCUUACAUCCAUGCAAUCUCUAUUUAUUUUAGGAGCAUUUUUAAGGGUUUAGAAGGGCUGUUAGGGAUGCUGGGGUCUGGUGCCUAGCUAUGCUUUUCAAUUUAAUGAAACAAUAAAGAAGAGGUAGAUGAGAUAGCAUGUACAAAUAACGCUCGUAUAGCUCAUUUCUUUACACUCAAAUAAAGAGGUGUAUUAAGCUUAGUAAAAGCAGGAGAGUCUGUGCUAGUUCAAUGUUUCUCAUACUUUUUGAACAUGAGUCCCCCUUCUAAAUGAACUCGUCUAUUUUUCUCCACCACCCCCUCCAAUGACCCAGCAGUAAUAAUCUGUUUUGUAGAUGAGAUGCAGGCAGAGAGAAGGAGACCCAUGCUCACGUGUCACACAUAACACAGUCAUGUGUGAACAGUUGGUUCUGCAUGCAAAGAGCUAUGGGUUGGGGUUCCACUCCUAUCACCAGCGCUAGCAGAGAAACGGAGCAGAAUUUAUUUGACACCCCUCUAAAACAAUGUACCGGGAAGCAUCAUAAAAAGAAAACAGCAGGUCUUUCUGAGCAACCUUCUUCGCAAGGUUGACACAUGGAUGAUAAGGCAAUGAAGGGGCAUCUGCUGGGGACAUUCAAUCCACCCAGGUUUGGACUUGGGGGACGAGGGGACGUGCCACCUACUUCAUGAUUCCAUCCCUCUCUGAAACCCCAUGCCUUCCCUGUAAAUCAGGAAUAGAGAACUUUGGCUCUCCAUAUCUUCUUGGCUUCCAUUAUCCAUGGCCAUUGCCCAUGCAAGUUGGGCCUGAUGGAGCUUGGGAUUCCAAUAACUUCCAGAAGGCCACAGGUUCCUCACUCCUUCUAAAGCACCCCUCAUUUGGGCAACCACAGUAUAAGAACAGGAUUUGUUACAUAUUCUAAUCCUUAAAAAAAUGUUACUGAAUUGUUAACGAUCCCAUCGCUUACCUCAAUUCUCCUACUUGAGGUCAUCUAACAAGGAUUAGUUAUCUUUUAAUACUGGUGGAUUUGUGAUUACAGUACUAGAGCGUUUAAAGGAUUUGUUAUUUUUCCAGCUUUUCAAUGAAUCUAUAUUAAUAAAGAAGUAAUGCUUUGCCUGCACUGGUUGCAAAUAUGGAACCAAUGUGGAUUCUCAGUAUCUCAUGACUAUGGCCAUCCUGGUACAGAUAUAACACUUAUUUUUGUGUAAACUCAUACAUAGGAACACACAUACAUAGGAACAGUGCAGGAUUAAACUCUGUGGAGGCCCCUAGGCAGUUGAAAUCUCGGGGGACCCCUUGUGUGCUUGCUCUAGUGGAAUAACAUUGAACUAGGAAAGCUUGAUUGGAAUUCUCUUUCAAGAUCAAAUCCAUAUUAUUUUGAUCCAUUAUCAAGGGGCUGCUAAAAGGCGUGGGGCCCCUAGGCCUGUGCCUACUCUGUCUAUUUGGUAAUCCAGCACUUCAUAGGAAGUUGAAAGACUGAUAAUGCAUGGAUGCGAUUCAUUUACUGAUUUCAACGUAGCCUUUAAAGGCUUUGGUUUUCAUAAAAAUGAGUGACAAAUGUAACAUUUUCUUACUUCUGCUGACAGCCUCAGCACGCUUAGAAGCAAAACCUGUUACCUACUAGCAAGUAAAUGUAAUUAGAAGGAAGGUGGAAACUUGUCAGUGUACCAUACAGUACAUUUAACAUGCCACAUACGAACGAUUUUUAAGAUGCAAGUAUUUGCUGGCAAAUCUAGAGAAAGAAAAGAAACUUCUGUGCUUAUGCGUGCAGAAGUGUAGGUUUCUCUGGAGGGCAUGCUUCCUUAUAUCAAAAUGUCCAGAUUCACUGAAGUCGCUGCCAAAUGCUCACUGACUUCCGUGGAUUCAGGUUACCCCCUUAAGCCCUACAUCUCUGUGCUUUUCAAUAAGAUAUGUAUUCCUCCAGCGCCUAAGGGUCAAAUUACUCAAGCAUUACAUCAUUGUAGCGGAAGACAUGCGCCCUGAAGGGGGAAGCCUCAUUGAUUAUAGAGCAGGAGCACUACCUCAAACAAUUCUCUUUGAAGGACCCCGAAGGGCAGAUAUGCCACCAAAUAUAAUCCCUGGGAAGAGGAUCCAUGUAGGCGGUGACAUGAUUAUGUAUGAAAAGUAUAUAUAAUAGUUAGGAAAGCCAAUGAAUUUUUGUAUGUCAACUAAACUCCAUCGGGAAUGUAUUCUAAAUGCUGUACAGAAACAGGCAGUGGGUCGAUCAGGUAGCCUUCAGGGUGAUUUGCUAAAUAUCUGAGUCUCCUUUUUAUAUAUAUAAAAAUGAUGGAAUCAGGUUUCUAGGGGUUCUUGGGGGAAAAGGUAGACGGCAGAUGACCAUCCUACCUGAAGGAGUGUCUCCACCUCCAUCGUUCUGCUCGGACACUGAGGUCCAGCGCCGAGGGCCUUUUGGCGGUUCCCUCGCUGCGAGAAGCCAAGUUACAGGGAACCAGGCAGAGGGCCUUCUCAUUAGUGGCGCCCGCCCUGUGGAACUCCCUCCCACCAGAUGUCAAAUAGAAAAACAACUACCAGACUUUUAGAAGACAUCUGAAGGCAGCCCAGUUUAGGGAAGCUUUUUAUGUUUAAUAGGUUAUUGUAUUUUAGUGUUCUGUUGGAAGCUGCUCAAAGUGGCUGGGGAAACCCAGCCAGAUGGGCGGGGUAUAAAUAAUAAAUUAUUAUUAUUAUUAUUAUUAUUAUUAUUAUUAUUAUUAUUACCUCUGUUAAAAACCUCCAAUGGAGGGGAGUCGAUUUCUACUUCUGAGGUUGUCUAUUCCACUGUCAAAUAGUUGUGGCCAUCAGCAAGUUCUUCCUAAGGUUUCACUCUCCUUCCUUGUAAUUAUAAUUCAAGCCAGGGACCCCAUCAGGAAGCAGGUUCCUCUGGGAACGUAUGUUUGUAUAGUUAGCCCCACUGGGGUAUGACAAGCCACAGGGAUUGAAGAAGAGGUGUGGCCAAUCUCAGGAGACCCAUGGCAUGCUGUGGUAUGGGGCACCAUUCUGCUGAGAGCACCCAAGUGCUUCAGGCGCAUACUGUGUUGGCUUGCCCAGUUGGUCCUGGGACAGCCAGCUUGAGAGAGAGACUUUGGAUAUUAAUUAUAUACCUGAGCACAGAAUCAUAGAAUUGUAGAGUUGGAAGAGGGCCAUCUAGCUCAACUCCCUGCAAUGCAGGAAUCUUUUGUCCACCGUGGGGCUCGAACCCAUAGAAGAAGAAGAAGAGUUUGGAUUUGAUAUCCCGCUUUAUCACUACCCUAAGGAGUCUCAAAGCGGCUAACAAUCUCCUUUCCCUUCCUCCCCCACAACAAACACUCUGUGAGGUGAGUGAGGCUGAGAGACUUCAGAGAAGUGUGACUAGCCCAAGGUCACCCAGCAGCUGCAUGUGGAGGAGUGGGGACGCGAACCCGGUUCCCCAGAUUACGAGUCCACUGCUCUUAACCACUACACCAUGGCUGGCUCCCACACCCAUGAUCCUGAGAUGAAGAGCCUCAUGCUCUACCAACUGAGCUGUCCCAGGCACGGAAGCACAAAUGAGCCCCACGUUUGCAAUAAUAAUGAUUUAAUAAUAGAAAGACAUUCAUUUUGACUACCACACACAGCAAAGUUGAAUGUCAAAAAGAAAAUAGGGGGGAAGGAAGAAGCAAAAAACUUCUCCCACUACAUUUCCUGGCACAAAGUGGAAACAACAUACCAUACAAGAUGUUAACAUCAGUUAGAACACCCUUUCCUUAGGACACCAGCAUCUCUAACGGAGGUGAUUACCUGAGCAGAACAAUAGCCUGAUUGUCAAAAUGCUCAAUGCAGAUGACGGGAAGAACGUUAGUAUUUAUGGAUGUAAUUAAAUGUCACUUGCAGUGUGAGUGAGCUGAUACCAUGUAAUGUUAUAUUUACUUGGCAUCAAGGAAUAGAUUUAUGGGAAUGUUUUAAAAAACAGAAGGAAGUCAGCUGAGCACUAAGCUGUAAUGUAGCUGCUGUACACAAAUGCAGGAAACCUAUUCAAGUUUAUGGGGUCAUGGGACUUACUUUACAGUGUUUGUCAGCAUAUAAAAGAUGUACAGGCAGAAAUCCAAGCAGGUGGCAGGGCUUCCAGUUGUUGUUGUUGUGUGUGCUGAGGGUACAGCAUAUUGAGCACAGGAUGUGUGUGCAAAAAAUGCUGGACUCUCAGAGGGCUUCCAAGUGUUGGGUUUCACACCACCACCUCCACAAACACACCUGAUCCUUAAGUGAUGCUAUGGCAGGUAGAUACUUACAAACCAGGUGUCAAUUUCCUUUCUAGUCCUAAUGUAUCAGCAAGAUUAGAAUGAGAUGAAGAGCAAGCAUUCCUCAGUGGCAGUGCUCCCAUCCCCCCUACCCCAAGAACCACUUAUGAAGGUUACUUCUCUGUUGUAAAUGUUUCUUCUGUGGGAUAUUUCCUCUUUCAUAUUUUGGUUCCACACAACAGUCAUCAGAGUAGUUGAAGACUGGAAACACCUCUGGAGAACAAAUGCAUUCCAUGGAGACAUUUGACUUAUGUCAGCUGAUAUAUAUAUAUGUGAGAUCUUCAGGAACUUGUAGAAAAGUCCCACCCCAUGCCAGCAGCACCCGUAGAGUUGCAUCCAUUUAAAGCACUGGGGAUGGAGAGUACCAAAGCAAUGAAAAUAAAAAGCAAUGCCUUAAAAAAGAAUAAUCUUUUAGUGAUGCCAUGAUACCUUCCAACGUUUCUGGGGAUGGGUGGGUCCUGUGGGAAAUUGGAUACAAGUUCCUUGUUGUGUUAUUUGUGGAUCCAGGUGCAAUGGGGGGCAUGCACAGACAACAAUAACGACAAGGAGUCAGGUGUUAGAUUAUAAUUAGGCCACAAAAUUAUUGAUUACAGGCUUGGCAUAGGCACUGGGCCUAUAUCUACUGAUCCAACUUGCUUGCUGGUUGAUAUGCUGUCAGUCAACAGAUGGGGUUGACCGAUGUUGGGGUCCCCCACAUAGUGAACUGCUUCUGGUAGACUCCGAAAUUCCUUUGGCUUGUGUGUGUCACUGAGUACAUUCUUCAACUGACCCAAAUGCUUUGUUGGUUCAGCUUGUUAUUUCUACCUGGAAUAUAUGCUGUCUCGUAUGUAGCUCAGCACGUGAAGGAUUUUAGGAAACAGAUGGUAUCUUUCAGGCUAUUGCCAUCAUGGGAUGGCCACCUGUAGGCUUGCCGGAAAGGAAAGUUGCAUUUUACAGACUUUAUCUUUCUUAUGUCGCUCCUUUUCAUCUUGCUUUUUCAGUGGUUAUUCAGGGGAGGCUUUUAGCCACAAGUGACACCCCCUUGAUGGCAUGUGCUGAGAUGAGUGGAAGCCACAAGAACACUAGAUAGGCAUGACCACUGUGUGCAGGGUGUAGCUUGAUAAGCUGCUCAGGCAUACUGUCUCUUCUCUUGCCUUGAGGAAAGAGGUGUGGCAUUAUGCAUGGAGAGACUGUUCUCCAAAGCGUUAUCCUCUAGUAAACUCCAUUGUGUACGGUGAUACUAUUAUCGGUUCUAAUUUGUGCUUAACCAACUUCAGCGGAGCAGUAAAACAUUGCUUGAGGGUAAGGUGUGGUGUACAGAGAAGAGCACCGGUCGGGUCCCUGUGAUGAGGUGUUCUGCUAGGAGCGGGAGAGGCAUCCCAUAAAGACUUCCAUCUUCUGCCUUGCUUGGAUCAGUGACUCAUAUCUAACCAUCAGGAUUCCCAUGGCGUUUUGGCAAAAGAAUUUCUGAGUCACUGUGCCACCAUCCCCCUUUAGGAUGGUUUGCUAAAAACCGAAGUUCUGUUUACCUCUCUGCAUCCCCGUGGAAGCGGAAAGGUGACCCCUGGGUUUUCGUGCUUCAACAGGAAUUCCAUUGUUUUCUGCAAUUGUUUACAGUAACUGAGGGAUCCAGGACAUAAAGUAUAAAGGAUGGUUUCCUUAAGAUCUGCUGAGGUCCAACACAUUUAUUCUUUUUUGCAAGAAGGGAAGAAAACUGCUGUCUUUAGCAUUUCUAUGCAGAAUCAUGCUAAUUGUUUUAAAUGUCACCAUUUGUUUCCUUUGAUUUAUAAACCAGUUUUAAGCGAUUAGUGUGAACAUACCCUGAAUGAGAAGGCUGGCAAAAUAUCUAUGUUCUAACUAAGCAUCUUGCUGAGAACAUAAGAAGAGUGGAGCAAGUAUCUGUUCCAUAGUCUGUCUUAGACCUGUGUCAUUCAUUAGGUUAACCAGAGGUGAGGAAUCAGUAUUGCUUCAGAACUUGUGGGACUCUAACUCCCAUCAACCCCAUUUCGGAUGGUUAAGGGGUGAUAAGAGUUGUAGUCCAACAAUAUCUGGAGAGUCAAAGAUUCCUUAUCCAGGAUGCAAACCAAUUUAUCACUCCACCCUCAUUCAUUACGGUGUGAAAUUAUUCAAGUACCAGUGCAAUUCUUAAAGGAUCAUUUUCAGUAGCUGUUAACUUCACAGCCUUCCACCAAAGGGCCUGUUCAAAAUGUAAGCACUAGUUUAAAUCCUUGUCGUUUUUCCUGAUCAGUGAUGAAAGUUAAUGUUUGCAACGUGGAAUGCUCAUAGCUUGAGGAACAAUCUGUCAUCGGAAUAAAGUAUAGCUGCUCUAGCUGAUUGGUUUCUGUCCAUAACUAUUGGUUGGGUUUCUAAUUAUUUCUUGUUGGCAGUCAUUUCAAAUUAUAUCAACAAGGUCAUGUCACUCUGAGGUACCUUUUCAAAUGUUACUGAGGGGUGUUUCCUGAACACUAAAGUACAAAAAUAAUUUCACUUUAUUUGUUCAAGGAAGGCCUUCAAACUGGUACCUUUGAGUUGUUAUCCUCUAACCUCUUCCUUGGGAAGAUGCACCACUGAAUUCAGUUGUACUUACUUCUGAGUUUACAUUUAUAGGAUUAUACUGUUAGUAGAAAAAUACAGAACUGACAAAUGUCGGUGAACAAAUAUGCAUAUUUUCAAGUUCCACACCAAAUCCAAGAGAGGGAGAAGGAUAUAGUGAUAUACUUGACAACAUCGGACUUUUCCUCAUAGGUAAAAAAGUGGCUGACAGAAAUUUGGUAGGUCAACCUGCAGCCGCUUGUGGAGUUCAUCUUGUGGAGUGCCAGGCGCCAUUUCUCAAUUAAAUAAUAAAAUAUCUAGCUGGCUCUCACUUCAUGACAAACAGUUGAUCAGGGUGGUCAACGUGGAGAAGAGAACAAGGCAAUGUUAGAUGAGCAGGAAGUCAGGUUAGAUUAUGAACUAAUGUGCACUCUUUUAUCCAUUGAUACAGGCAAACACUGCUUGACACACUAAGCGCAAAAGGCUUUGCUGUUCACUUACAUAGCUGAUGUAUCAUAUAAUACAUAAGAAGUCCUCCCCUGCUACACUUUUUGUAUUCGUUUAACAACCAAGCAAAAAACUUAAUAUUCACUCGCCUACUUUAUCCUGACAUGUAAUGGCCUGCCCAGUUUCUGUCAGAUAUGGUGCUGUUUCCUAAUGAUUCAAACUGAAGAAAAUGUUCUCCGGGAGAUGGAUGGAAAUCCUAGCUUUGGCUUCUAAAUAUUUCUGGACCAUGACAUUAGAUGUCAAUAUGCCCAGAGAAUUUGGAUCGGCAUUCAAAUUCUUUCAAGUACAUUUUAAAAAAAUGAGCAAAAAGGUUAGCGAACUCAAAGCUUGUGUGACUAAAAACAUUUUCUGAACUUGAAAAGACAGAAAUUCGGGUUUGGAGCAUUUUGCAGCACUGGAUCCAGAGCAUAAUCAUAUCAAUGGAGAGAUUUCAACUUAUUGCUGUAAUCAAUCAUUGCAUUAAGUUAGGAGUGCUGUGCCUGUCAUUGUACAGAUGUUGGACUCCAUUCCCAUCAGCCCCAGCCAGCAUGACCAAUGGUCAAGGAUGCUGGGAGUUGUUGGCUGGGUUAAAGGAUGGCUGAUCAGUGUAAUAGACGAGGGUCAAGUAUAAGAGACUCAUACUAUGCAGCACCAAGUCAAGGCAUCAGAUCAGCGCAGCAUUGCUGUACUGCAAUAUCUACAACUGCCUGGUGUAGUGUCCUACAACAUUGGGUUGUACCCAUUGCAAUGCUACCCAUUGCAUUGGGUUGUGUGAAAGUGUAUGAAGGAAGCAGAGUUUAUUUGGUCAACAAUCUAAAAGCAUUCUGAUGUAAUUCCACACAACCAGAAUACAGUAGUUGUGCAAUGUUACAGUGGACAUACAAAACAGAACUGUCUCAUUUGUCAAAUGUCAGAUGGUCGUCCACAAAGUAAGUCACUCUAAAAUCCCAUUUAAAUCAAUGGGCUUUAGCACUGACUUUUUUCUGUGCUGUCUUGUGAGCAUUAUACAUAGAUUCAAGAGCUUAGCAUCAUAGAUAUUUUACGUCCUUCAUUUGCUUACUGUUGCCAGUUUUAAAUAUCAACAUCUUUCCUAAACCUGUCCAGUCUAUUUAUUUUGUUUCCUGGAAUUGCCAUUCUGUAUUGCUGAAAUGAAAAAUCGUGUAAGAGACUAUUUUAAAAACAACUGGGUUUAAAUGAAAAUGUAUGUUUGCUGGGUUGAAUCCAGACUGACACUGUUAUGUUUAGUUACGUGGGUCUGUUCCAAGCAUGACUAAAUCUGGGUCAAACCCCUUGAGAAGUCACUCAAAUGACUUCAGAACAUGAUGUAGCAUCCAGAGGUCCCCUCUAAUCGGAGGAGUCCUUCUAUCGGAAAAAGCCCCCUUCUGUCAGAUUAACCUCUUUCCACCAGAGGAAGGAAAUCAUUGGAAACCAUCUAAUCCAGAAGAGAUGUAUGUUCAUUUGUGCUGUUUGUUUUCUGGAUGCAAAAUUAAGAAGUUGGGUUGAGAAGGGAGUUGAUGUGUGAAGUUUCUUAGAGCUAUCAAAUCCCUGCUUUGUGUUUCAUGCUUUGUGUUGUCUGCCUGAAUUAAGCAGUGUCUGGCCGUUCCAUCCUUACAUAUAGCUGCCAAAAUCUGUCAUUGUGUUCAUGAGAAAUCACUGGAAAGUGGCUUUUAUAUCUGGAGCGCAGUGAUGCAGUCCUCUGAACUGGUCCUGGUAUGUGAUUUCAUAAGCAAAUCUUCCCUCAGGAUGUUCCUAGGGCUGCUAUGUGGGGUAUUGUGGAAAAGCAAAUGUAUACAUUCCCAUAUAUAAAAUGAAAUGAAAUGAGAUAGCAUGAUGGUUUAGAUGGUUAAGCAUCGCUCUCGGUCCUACAGCAUCCGUAAUUGUAGCCAGGCUUUCUAACAGAGUUGGCUGAAUGGGUAAUCUCUGCAGCCAAACCCGCUAGAUUUCCUUGUAGAACAUCUCUCUCUUCUUCCCUCUUUGCUUUUCUGUGACAUUUAUUUUCCUCUAUCUAUCCAUCUUUACCCCCAAACCCCUUUUGGGCUCAUGACGAGCUGCAUUAAGGAUUUGCUUUAUCUUUUCCUUCCUCCGCUUCUCCCACCCCCCAUGUUCCCCCCACACCUUUUCCUAACCUGAAAGCAUUAUCCAUUCCUUGUGCAUUUAUCUUAGCUUAUGUGGUCGCCAUGAGAUGAAGAACCUCAAGCAGUCAGUCUGCGGUUGAUUUGAAAACAGGCGAGUCUCAACAAUGAGCUUAAAGAAAGGUGUCAGGUAUAAAUCAAUUCUUCAAACAACCAGGGUGCAUUCCAAACUUCAGAGACACUUCUUUGUGCAAAGUGAUUUCUCUCUCCCCCACCACCCGCUCUCCUUUUCUUUUCCCUCUGCCUGGAAGAGGAUGAAAGUGGAGGAGUGGGGGCAUUCAUUUAGUCUAAUAACGAGGGUGAAGCUCACAGGCAUAAUAAUUUGGCAGCUGCUUUGCUUCCUGUAACAGUUAAACUUCUAUAUAGGCUUCUUUUUUUUCCUUUUUUUUAAGCUGGGGGCUUCUCAAAAGCAAGUGUGUGUGCUUUUUGUUGUUGUUGUUAAACUGCUGGUGGUUCACCUUAUGCAGGAGCCUUGCAAUUAAUCUUGUUUGUAUUUAAAAAGACAAUUCCCUCUAUAAGCUUUCCUGACCUAUAAUUAAUGAAGAUCAAAACUGUUACUAAGAUGUUUAAGGAGGUAGGGGAGACAUGGACAGUUCUGUAACAAGCACAGGAAGACUCUGUUCUUCACUCAUAUUUUUUUCCACUCUGUUUUUUUUUUAAAGCGUUUCAUAUUCUUCUUUAUAUUGUUAUCUUUGAUUAAAGGGAUGUGCAAAUGAUUAUGAUGGAUAAACAUUUGGAAGCGCCUAAAGCGCUAGUUCACACACUGCUUCUUUGUUGCAAGCUCUGAUCUCUUAUGUGGGGUCUUGGUGCCAGUUUCAUGGCUAUUAUCAUCCCUGCUCAAUUACUCACUGCUGUCAAUUUACAAUGGAGACAGAUCCAUGUUUAUUUGCAAAUGCCUCAACACGCAUUUGUACUACGGGUGCAUAUUACCGAGUACAUAUUAAACUCACAGGCAACUCCCGUUUUAUAUGCGACCUAUAUGUGCCCACAGGGCCAAAUCUGGAAGUGACCCGGAAACGUCAUAAAAGAUGUCACUAAAAGGGUAGAACAGGGGCAGAGUGGGGCGUUUCAAUUUCACAUGGUUUCACGUAAGCGCGCAAUGACCCAGAACACAAUCCCCGCGCAAACCGGGGGUUGCCUGUACUGAAUUAGUGUUAUCCUGCAAUCUGGGUAUAGAUUUUACAUUUGAAAGAUCACAACAUAUGGGUAUUUACCACCCAUUAGCAGACUGCAAGCAGAUCAAACCUAUCCGUUCUGAAGGAAAUCAGCCCUGAGUGCUCACUGGAAGGACAGAUCCUGAAGCUGAGGCUCCAAUACUUUGGCCACCUCAUGAGAAGAGAAGACUCCCUGGAAAAGACCCUGAUGUUGGGAAAGAUGGAGGGCACAAGGAGAAGGGGACGACAGAGGACGAGAUGGUUGGAUAGUGUUCUCGAAGCUACCAGCAUGAGUUUGACCAAACUGUGGGAGGCAGUGGAAGACAGGAGUGCCUGGCGUGCUCUGGUCCAUGGGGUCACGAAGAGUCGGACACGACUAAACGACAACAAAGCAGACAGCCAUAGCUCUUUCCACGCUUUAUUUGUGUGUAGAGCACCCAGUUUAAAGUGGGGUAUACUUCUUCCACUGCCCCCAACACCUUGUUGCCAUACUAGCUCUGCUCCUUGAUGGUCCAGCACUGAGUGUGAUUGUGUCUGCAAGGCAAGCUCAACCCACAAACAGAUGCUUGCUCAGAGAUACCCCAUGCAACUAGGAACCUGCCCUAUUUUGUGUUCUGAUCACGUACAGCCCCUAAAUGUGAGCAGAUACUAAUGCAUGGGGCUUCUUUUGCAGACAACCGCACUCAAAUUGUGAUAAUCAGAUUAUGGCACUGAUCUUCCACUCUGGCUUGAAACUGCGAGUGUCCUACACAUGGUCAACACUUAUAUAAGACUCAUCUUGCAAUAGGAACCAUCAAACUAGGAUAAACUAGGGCCUGGGGCCUCUGCUUGGAUUUUCAGAAAUUGAAGGAAGUGGGCAGCUGCUAUUCGUCUUUCCACAGAAGUGCAUCAGUCUCAUAGUUCCGGCUUUCAUGUAUUGUGGCUCCUCAGAGGGUCCUGACCCCCAGUCCGAAACACAAGGCUUUGAAUCAGGGAUGGGGAACUUGCGGCCUUCCUGAUGUUCUUGGACUUCCAACUCCCAACAGGAAUGAUGCGAAUUGUUGUCUAACUCCAUUUGGCUGCCUGAGAUGCAGCAGCAUAUGGUGUUCCUCAAGUCCGAAAGAUUGGUCAAGUUAUUUUGGCACCAGAGGCAGAAAAUCCCACAGUACCAACAAUAAUAAUUUGCUACCCUUCACAUCACCCUAAAUCAGCCGCCUGAGGCUGCCUCUUCACUCUGCCUUACGGCAGGGCCGGCACUGGUCUUGAGGGCUACAGGUUCUCCAUCCCUCUUUUUUUAAAAAACAAGAGGCCUUCUCUAAAGAGAAGCAGGCCUCUGCCUGCUUCAUUGCUAUGGAAAUGAAACACCUAUUUUACAACAGCAGUUUAAAAGGUUAGCAUCUGUAAGGUGGUGCCGUAACAGAUUGGCUUAAGUGGGAACUGAGAUCACCCAACAUCUUAUAAGGCUGAAGCCAUAAACAGGUUUAUUUCAGGCAAAUGUAUGCAUGGGUCAAAACUUCAAAAGGAAAUGCAGAGCAGUUUCAUGAUUUUACAUGUAAAUAAAUAAAUAAGUCCCAAAUUGCCUUUGCCACUGGGAAUUUGGUAGAGCAGAUUACCUUUUCCCUGCACUGCUUCAAGGAGUUUUUGAAUUGGCAUCAUCAAUGAUAUUUGAUUAUAAAGUAACAAUUCAGGAACCUACAAACCCCAAACUGCCUCCCAGCUGCACAAUCUUCUGCCGGUUGUGUCAGCCCUUGCCUCCAUUUUUUAUUUUGCGUCACCACAAGAGCAUUGGUAACUUUAAAAGAAAUCCAAAAGUGGAUGUGAAAUGAAUGAAUGAUCCAUGGUGACUUUGAUUGAUGAUGUGUGUCAGUUCAAAGAACGGCAGGAAGAGAUUGAUUUUUCUGUGAAUCAGCGGAGCAAGAUAUAGGGCCAGCUGCUUCUCAAGCUCAGAACACAUAAAAGGUUUUAUAAUGGGUUGGGUUCAGAGUAUGUUAUUCUUUUUCUGCUUCAUAGGGGAGGGAGAAGGGGGGAAAUGGUUCCCUUGAUCCUUUAGACUUUGAACCUACAAUAUAAUUCACAAAAAAUAGCUUGCUCCAAAGGCAUCCACAGACAUCAGUGAGACUACUCUGGUGUAACUGAUUUAUGGGUUAGAACCAUAUGGCCUGAUCCUAUGAAGUUGCUUCCGUUUUAUCAUUUCAGAGAUUGGCUUCUCUUGCCACAGGUAAAGAACCAUCCUAUAUAACUGCAAAUGGGGCACAGGUCACAUGCUGCGCUCCAAUUGCUAAGCAACCCUCCCCUCCAACUGCCCCAUGGUAAAUAAUAAUUUUAUAUUUGAAAAAAGGGAGGGGUAGGAAAUCUACAGUUUUGCUUUCACUCAGGCUAAAGGACACCCAGUGUUGUUCAGGUCUUUUAAAAACUACAUUUAUAUUCUCUCUCCUUCCCUGGAGCUUAGACACCACCACCCAGCACUCUCAGUGACAAGGAACAACAACAACAACAACAUUUAUACCCUGCGCCAUGAAGGAAUAUCAUUCACUAAAUGAACAACUUACCCUUACAGCCCAUUGUCCUUGUCAAUAUUUUUGUUGUUAAAAUCAGCAAGUAUUUUAGUUUCAUAAGGGAAAAUAACUUUAAUUCCACGAAGCUUUCCACAGACCCUCCAAGUGUCCCUGUUUUCCAAGGACAGUCCUGGAUUUACAAAAGCUGUCCUGGGACUCAGCUAUACAGCUGCAAAUAAAAUGUUUUAAGUGCAAUAUAGAAUGCAACACUAGCCUUCUGGAAAACUCAAUGUAUUUUUUAAAAAUGCUUUAAAAAAUAAAUAAAUUCAGAACGGUUUUUUUAAAAAAAAAAUUCAGAACGGUUUUUAUGUGUGUGUAGAUUCCACCCUGGUUUCUUAUUUGAUCCCAGAAUGUCCUGCUUUUCCUUAGGAUGUCUCUGUUUUCAUUGGAGAAAUGUUGGAGUGUAUGCUAUUGAUGCUUACUGGAGGUGAACACAUAAUACCUGCAAAACAAGGUAUUUAUUCUUCAAAGAAAAAGAAAGAAGGAACCCAUCCAUCUUUUCCCCAUUCCACUCAACUGUAUGAGUUUCUGUUGCCAUGAAGUUAUUUUAGAAUGAUUACAUUCUAAAAAAUAGAACCCAGCAGGCAACGAGCAACUCUUUACCAACCCACUUCUCAAAUGCUAUGAGUUACUUUGCCUUAUUUUUCUUCUAGAAACUAUUCACAGCAGGGAUGCCUGGGAACCGGUUGCCUCAUUUUUGGCACAAAGAAAAGAAAGGAAAACAGACACACAGUGUGAUUGAUGCCGGCUUACAAGACAAUGCUAAUUUAAAAUGUUAAUGCCAUGUGGCAUUAAGGCUGUUUGCAAGUUCGGUUUCUAAAGCAGUGCCAGAAAUCCAUCCAAAGGCAAAGCACCAGUUGCUAGGGAAAACUAUAUUCCAGGUGAAUUCAGAUCAGCCAAUUAACACAGUCUGCAUUCAAUGAUUUUGAAAGCAGAGAUUUCGACAUUACCUAGUUGAAAGAGACGCGGGUGGCGCUGUGGGUUAAACCACAGAGCCUAGGACUUGCAGAUCAGAAGGUCGACGGUUCGAAUCCCCGCAACAGGGUGAGCUCCCAUUGCUCGGUCCUUGCUCCUGCCAACCUAGCAGUUCGAAAGCAUGUCAAAGUGCAAGUAGAUAAAUAGGUACCGCUCCGGCGGGAAGGUAAACGGCGUUUCCGUGCGCUGCUCUGGUUCGCCAGAAGCGGCUUAGUCAUGCUGGCCACAUGACCCGGAAGCUGUACGCCGGCUCCCUCGGCCAAUAAAGCAAGAGGAGCACCGCAACCCCAGAGUCAGUCACGACUUUAAGAGAGGAUUAGGCAAAUUCAUGGAGGGCAAGGAAAUCAAAGUCUACUAGCUACCGCUGCUUUAUCUAAGACAGCAUGUCUCUGAAUGUCAGAUGCUGGGAGACACAAGUGGAAAGAGCAGUGUUGAACUUAGGUCAUCCUUGUGGGCUUCCCACAGGCAUCUGGUUGGCCACUGCAACAGAAGGAUGAUGGACAAGAGGGACCUUUGCCCUGAUCAAGUGGGGUUCUAAUCAGAUUCAGAUGAGCUGGUCCACUUUUAUUGUGCAAGGCCAUUACAAAUAGGUAGAGGUGCCAUCUUCUCAAGAUGACUGAGAAAGCCUGAUGCAACACAUGUGACGUCGUGUGACAUCCUGACGCUGCACGUGCAACACUGUGAGGAGACAGAGGUGGAGCCAAAUGCCCACUGAACAUUGAGGGGCCCCGCCCCCUCGUAAAAAGCACUUUAGAGCACCCGAAACUGCCUCAGCCCCUAGGAACUGGUGCUCAUGAAAGUAAGGGACCCCUGAGCAACCAGUGAUCAGUGAACUUGAGUGCACAUUUUAUGGACAAAUUACUGUGUGUAUACAGAGGCCCUUCUUUCUGAGUAAUCAAGACACGGGAUUAUUUUUUCAGUUCUGAAAGGUGAAAUCUUUGCAAGUUUGUCUGGAACUAUAGUAUUUUUUAUUUUUAUUUUUUUGCAAACCAAAGAAUUACCUCACUCAACUUUAAUUAAUAUUUGCUUCCUCAUAGAUUAGAAUUUGUGUACUUCUGCUUUGUUACAUGUCAAAUCUGGUGAAGGCAACUUGAGACGUGCCCACAACUGGGACAUGCCAGAGGCUCUGUGUUUUGCCAUUCUGUCAGGCUUUUAGGAUCUAUAUACAAAUUAUCACCAGAGAAUGGAUGUUGGCACAUCUGUUAUCCUGGCCAAAACUGACACCUUUUAGCUGUUCAGGGGAGGGACAGAUGUGAUAGUCUGUGCCAGAACCCAAGUGAUAAAAGCUCCUGUUCUAUGUUUCCUGAGCUAUUCAUAAAUCAUCUGAUUUCAAUGAGGACAUAUAAAUGGGAAACAUGUGGUUAGUAGAUCCUACAAGGACCAGACAUUUUAAAUCUUUCAGAACAGGAGAGGGAAAAGGCCCCCGCCCCCACAAGACAAAGAAUUGAUGCUUUUGAAUUAUGGUGCUGGAGGAGACUCUUGAGAGUCUCCUCCAGCACCAUUCUGAAGGAAAUCAGCCCUGAGUGCUCACUGGAAGGACAGAUCCUGAAGCUGAGGCUCCAAUACUUUGGCCACCUCAUGAGAAGAGAAGAUUCCCUGGAAAAGACCCUGAUCUUGGGAAAGAUGGAGGGCACAAGGAGAAGGGGACGACAGAGGACGAGAUGGUUGGACAGUGUUGUCGAAGCUACCAGCAUGAGUUUGACCAAACUGCAGGAGGCAGUGAAAGACAGGAGUGCCUGGCAUGCUCUGGUCCAUGGGGUCACGAAGAGUUGGACACGACUAAACGACUAAACAACAACAACAGCAGAAGCAGUAUCUAGGAACCAGGCAGUAUCAAAGCUCCGCUCAGCUGUUCCCCCUGUUUUUCCCCAUGGAUGGAGGCAUACGAUAGACAUGAUAAGAGUGCAGAGAACAGCAUAUUACACACACUCUCUCAUUCAUUUGCUCCAAGCCACACAUAUGAAUGGGCUUCAUAUUGUCCAAAUGAUAUUGAAUUGUAAAUAGGAGCUUUGAUAGAGGUGGUCUGUCGCUUGAGCUGCUCAUUUCUCUGUAACCUGCAUAACUAGUCCCAUUCAGCUGAAUGGAACCUACUCUCAGAGGGAAGCCUUGUUCUUGCCCUCUGCUGUACAUUGUAAAGGCCCUUGGCUGUGCACAAUGAUAUAUCUUUUUUUUAAAAAAUGGAACCUGCUCCUGAGUAAAUGCUUGUAGAACUGCAGCCCAUAAAGACAAAACCAUACCUGCAGCAUGUUUUCAUUGCGAUGAGUUAGGGUAUGCGCUCUGGGGGAGAAACGAGCAAUUGUUUCAGGAUUUUUCCAAGAUACUGUUACGUUCAGCUAAUUAUAGGUCUCGCAGACUCAAAGAGUACCUAUGCUAACAUAUAUCACAACUGUAUAGUGUGUGUGUGUGUGUGUGUGUGUUUUUCUUUGGGAUAUUGUUCCCAAAGGCUACAACCCUCAAUAAACUAAGUUGGCAAAAAUUCUAAACCAGAAUGAAUUUCUCAUCCAGAGUCUUUGCCCAGGCCUCAUCAUCAAUUGUAUACCCUGAAGCAUGUACUGUAUAAUUCCUCUGUUGGCAAGGUGCAGGAUAAAUAAUGGAAAUAAUAUACAUAUAUACAGAACGAGUCUUGAACUGGAGGAAGGAUUGCGUAAGAAAUAAGCCGUGACCGUUGUAAAUCUGUGCCCUGUGGCAGAGAACCUCAGGACCUAGGCCUGAAUGUGGUCCUUCAGUCCUUGCUGUGUGGCCCUCAGAAUUCUCCCCAGGCCACAUCCCUCACUGGGCUGCUUCACACCCCAAACGGUUUUUAGAAAUUGUCCCUGAACUCCGAUAAUGACUUUUGUUUGCCUGGAUAAAAGAUAGAGAGGUGUGUGAGCGUAUGUAGAAACUUCCCUACUGUACAAAGGUAACAUGCUUUCCCAUUCUCUGGGUGCCACACCCUGAUGGACCCCGUCAGCUUCCUGGCAUCUCCAAGCUCCUUCUGCCUCCUUCUACACUCAAGUAUGUUUCCGAGAGAACUAGAGAUGCCCAAAACUUUGUGUGUCCUCGCCACACAGUUUGAGUAAUUUGUGUGUGUGUGUGUGUGUGUGUGCGUGUGUGUUAAGGGACGCAGGUGGCGCUGUGGGUUAAACCACAGAGCCUAGGACUUGCCGAUCAGAAGGUCGGCGGUUCGAAUCCCCACAACGGGGUGAGCUCCCGUUCCUCGGUCCCUGCUCCUGCCCACCUAGCAGUUCGAAAGCACGUAAAAGUGCAAGUAGAUAAAUAGGUACCUCCAGCGGGAAGGUAAACGGCGUUUCUGUGCGCUGCUCUGGUUCACCAGAAGUGGCUUAGUCAUGCUGGCCACAUGACCCAGAAGCUGUAUGCCGGCUCCCUCGGCCAGUAAAGCGAGACGAGCGCCGCAACCCCAGAGUCGGCCACGACUGGACCUAAUGGUCAGGGGUCCCUUUACCUUUACCUGUGUGUGUGUUAACAAAUACUCAGAAGUGCAUGCUUCUAAUAAAACACCUGUCUGUCACUACUGUAUUUAUUUAAGAGCAUUUCUAAGCUGCUUAGUGUUUUAGAAAUGGCUAUGUGGUGUGCACUCUGAAAGGUGGGGUGUGAGGAGGGAGGGUUCUCAUCUUGCAAGAGCCACUUGGAGACUUGUGGUACACCUCUGCAUGCAAAGAGCCAUUUCACUCUCCUGUGGGGUUCCUGCCAUUGUCAGGGGUCGGUGUGGUGGUAGUGUUGGUGGGGGUGAGCUUUUGCCCUCACUGGAAUGUUGUUCCCAGAGUGAACAGCAACCAUUCCAUUACUUGGGAGAAAGGGAAGUUUUCAGCUAAGUUUUACUCAGAGAAGACCUAUUGAAAUAAUGAGCAUGUCUAAGGCUGCGUACACACUAAGCACUUCAGGCAGCAAUGGGGAAUCUGUGACCCUCCAUAAAUGGUUAGACUCUACCGCCUCUCAGUCCCUGAGGCAUAUCUGACCUGCCAUUUGAGGCAGGCACACCUCCUCCACCGAGCCACAUUCCCUUACUUGAACUGGGACCAGUGGUGGACGUACAUUUUGGGGCCCCAAACUGUCAUGAGGGGUCCUUCACAACCAGCAACGAGGUCUGCGUAACCACUGUUAUCUUCGUCAAUGGGGUUGUUCCACGACAGAUCACCAGACCUUUGCAACACCUGUGCUACAUUCUUAAAACAGAAAAUGAAUCAAUUAGAGUUGUGCGACUCAAAUUGGAUCUACAAGACCCAGUUUUUUAAAGCAAUGUGGACCAGAAUUGCUUCUGGGGGCCCUCUGGGAUUAGGGGCCCUGCAGCUUAAGCUUCAUGUAUUCCAUAAUAGUUCCGUCCCUGACUGGGACUUGCGUCCUGUUUUGGCUGCCCUGUUCCAGUCCCCUCCCUAAGUAAAGGUGCACGCCUCCCUUGUUCUCUUGUAAUGGCAAUGGCACCCACUUCAGAGGUGCCAGAACUGAGUUCCGGCGAGUUUUGGCUGAAAAAGAAAAGUAUUGGUUUUAUCCCUUGUUCUUUGUGUGGGCUCCCUUUGGGAGGAAGGACAACAUAUAAUAAAUUCAAUACAGCAAGGAAAGAAGGGCCUCACCUUGUGGAAGGGGGAGGGGUGGCAGGUGGUUCCCAUUAACGCAGGAGAGGCCCUCUCCUUGGCAGCAAAUGGCGCACAAAGAGUCUCUCCCCAUUGGGGAGCGUGGGGCCUGUCCAUAUGUACCACGACCCCUGGCAAGCAUUGACAUCAUUCGCAGCCAACGAGAGGCCCUUUGGGACAUGUUCCAGGUUGAUGGGAAUCCUCCGCCAAGUGCUAUUGCCUUCUCCAGCUAAGCAUCAGGAAAGGGACAACCACAGUGGAAGGCCAGGCUCACACUGAACUCUUAAAAAACCUGUUUAAUCUCGACUGAGGGCAAUCAGGAGGCGUCAGCAGCAUCCCCAGUCCCUGAAGGCAUGGCUCCACUCCAUACCCAUGGUGUGAUUCCUGAAGGAUGUGGAAACGAGAUAGUGUCAUGUACCUAUUGCUUUCCAGUCUUCACGUCCUUCAGGAUUUAUGGAUACUGACCUCUACUUCAAACCAUGGACUGGGCCUGGAAAGUGCUAGCAAUUUGUUUUUAAUGGCUCAUGAGGCACAGAUUAAAUGCAUUUUUCUCAACGAGGCUAUAUACGUUGCUGUUGUUGGAAUCCUUCUCGCCGAGGGGCGUAUAAUCCACUUAUCUUGCAAAUUGUUAUAAUGGGGCCGUUUUAUAGUUGUUAACUCAAGGCACACAAUGUUUUUGAUUAAACGAAUCGUGUCUAUUGAAAGCCGUAUCCCUGGUCCAGAUGUGAGCAUCUGCAUGAAGCCACCGUCAGUAAGCAGCUGCCUCGGCUCUUUGAAAGCACCUUAAUAUUUCCGAUUUGCAUUUUGCCAGUUACAACUAGGCAACAAGUUCUGUUUGGUUGCUAGAAAUGUGCAAAAAAAAAUAAAAAUCGCCUAACGGUUUUGCGAAAGUUUUGCACGUUUAAACACAGAAAUGCAAACCGUUUCCUAUAUUUCAUAGAAUCAUAGAGUUGGAAGAGACCACAAGGGCCAUCGAGUCCAACCCCCUGCCAAGCAGGAAACACCAUCAGAGUACUCCUGACAUAUGGUUGUCAAGCCUCUGCUUAAAGACCUCCAAAGAAGGAGACUCCACCACACUCCUUGGCAGCAAAUUCCACUGUCGAACAGCUCUUAUUUUGGAGGCUGAGGACCAUUGCUUACGUAGCUAAAACGCUACCAUCUACACACUUCUGUAGGACUCACUUCUGUUUUCUUAAAGCUCAAGAGCCUCAGUGUUUCUGGAGAGCCAGUGUGGUGUAGUGGUCAAGAGCGGUAGUCUCGUAAUCUGGGGAACCGGGUUCGCUUCCCCGCUCCUCCACAUGCAGCUGCUGGGUGACCUUGGGCCAGUCACGCUUCUCUGAAGUCUCUCAGCCCCACUCACCUCACAGAGUGCUUGUUGUGGGGGAGGAAGGGAGAGGAGAAUGUUAGCCGCUUUGAGACUCCUUCAGGUGGUGAUAAAGUGGGAUAUCAAAUCCAAACUCUUCUUCCAAAUCAUAUAUCAGACACACUGAAGCAUGUUGGAAAGAAGUGCACAUGUAUCAAGUACUCCGUGCUCCUUGGUAUGGAGAGGUCCCACCCAGCCCUAAUUCCUCCAAGACAGGGAGCAAGAACUUCUUCAAAGGUAGCCUGUUUGGAAGCCUCACAAUGAUCUAAAAUCCACUGUCCCUUGACUCCUAAGUGACUAAGCAAAGGAGAGGGGAGGAUAUCAGCAAUUCCUAUAUUAACUGAUCUAUCUGGCAGCUGCAAGGCAGCUGCCUGUUCUUUGUUCUGGGAGUUGUUUGAGAGACUAUAUAUGUAUCUUUCUGCAUGUUACCUCUCCAAUUUUAUUCUGGUGGGUGGAUGGGUGGGGGGAACUUUGCCCCAGGUAUCAAAACUCUGGGAAGCGUCGCUGUACAGGUAGACACAUGAGUCAUGGGCAGAUGGCCGUUGGCACUACCUGGAGUUUUUUGACUGGGUAAUUUGAGGCUGGUUUUCUUAUGCAUGCCCAUCAUGAUUUCUUAAGCUUACGUUUGCUCGACACUUGAUGGCUCCUGGCUGAAUGCUUGAACUGGAUCCAGUGGAAAACAUUGCAGCUGAGCUGAUGUAAAAGUCCAGCCCGUGGCUGUGUUGUGGCAGAUUUUUCUCUCAUUUAAACCACCACUAAGAUACAUAUGCAUGGGGGAACCAACCAACCAACCAACCAACCAAGGUUUAUCAUUAUUUCUUCAAACUCAAGAAGAUUGAAAAUAAAUGAAUGCCAAAAACCCCUCACUGUUUACACAGCAAGAAAGUGACCUAAUUAAAUGGUUUAACACAAAUAAUAUUUAGAGCUAGAGCUUCAGUAGUCCUAAGCAGUUUUGAGGGGGACUACAUUGGCAUCGACCUGUUGUACCUUAGCUGUAGCUUGAAGGCUCUGCUGGAGUGCUCACCUGCAAUGGCUAUUUGGCCAACAGGCACCCAAAACAGUGUCAUUUUGACACUUAACUUCACGGUUGUGGAAUUUUAAUUCUGCGUGAGCUCAGGCAGGCUCCAGCUUCAAUAUUUUUAAGAGAGUCUCAAUGACCCAUCAUUUUACAUGGCCUCUAGCAGGUAAUUAUGACCUGAGCUGGAAAAAUUGUGCGUGUUCUGGUUUUGAAAAUGCUUAUUGGCCGCUGGGUUGUUGUUAUAUUUGUUCUGGCUUUUUAACAGAACUGAAAUGUAUGUUUUAACUCGGGGGUGCCUAACAUUUUGCAGACCAAGGAGUUCACUGUCGACCCAGCCUCUGUGGGGCACAUGCCUGCAGAGGGUGUGAACAUAACAAAAGUGAGUGUUGCCGAAAUUGGCACCCCACUUCUCUGCUCACAUGCUUGCACAAACACACAGAAGGAAAUAUGGCCAGAAUAUUCUUUGUACUUUUUACUACAACACACAAGCAAGCAAGCCUACCUCUCUGGAAAUUGCUGGUAUAGGCCCUCUUAAAUGUUACUUAGAUUUACAAGUUUACUUCAUACUUCACUAGGUGUCUUGGCAACAUCCUCCAAAAAUUCCUGAAAUAUUAUUCUGAAAGAACUUUGAAUCAAUUAAUAUCCUUCUGUCUCUUCAUAGAAAUUAGACAGCCGGAUGGCUUUAAAGAAGUUUCUGACAACACAUUUAUAUCUUGAGUUUCAAUAGCAGUAAUCCUUACUUUUGAAAUUAAGACAUUAAUAAAAGGAUUAACUUUGAAUCCCAAUAAUUCCUGCAGGUUUCUUAGCGUCUAUUCUUCUGUAAACAGUAUCUGAAAUGUUUGCCAACUCAUAGCCAUGGCAAAAUGAUGUCACUCGGCUUCACACAGUCGUCCUCAAAAUCCACAGAUAGUUUUGUAUUCUCUGAGAUUCUUGAGUUAAGAAAGCACUGAUAACACUUUUCCUCAUGAACCAGUAGAACAGGAUAUCAGGUCUGACAGAAAAGACUCAAAUUUAUUCCUUGUUUAAUUCAUGCUUGAACUCGAAUUUUCAGGAUGGUUUCUUCAUGAGAGGACAUCACAUGGUUAUUUAUAACUUCUGAACAUCUCAGUCACUUCUAUGAUCAAUCAAAUACCAUCUGCUGCUGUGACUAACUUAGUUCAGUGUCCAAGCACGCAGAAAUAGAAGCUUCCUUAACCGAAGGGUGGGAAAAGACAGCUUCAAAAUUAAUGUAUAAACUUAUUUUACAGACCCCUACUACUUAAAAAUACUUCAGAUCCUCAAGCUUUUGCCUAAACACAAAGAAGAUACAUUAAAUGUAUUGACUGCCGCUACUGAAAUACAUCACUACUUUAUUUUCCAAAAUUUCAGGUUGUCAGGGCUAACUCUGUCUAUAAUGGAUUGUCAUGGCAUGUAUUUUCACAGCUUCCCCCCUCCAUUAUUUGAAUGUUCAAGUCAUUUGGAUAAAUUGGUUUGUGCCGCAAUGCAAGUUUGCCUGGUGUUUGCCAGUGGGAUAUGCUAUUUAAAAAUGAUUAGCGACAGAAAUGAAAUAAACGCUUUUCUUCCCUGGUUUCCAAGGCCUUCUGGACUUUCACUAUCAGACACUCUGUUUGUCAGUGGCACCUGCUAUUUAAAAACGAUUUGCAUUCGGAAUGAAAUAAACAUUACAUAUGUAGUAAGUCACCCAGGCCGACACCACACCAAAAAGCUCUUCCAGCUCAAACACUGCAGUUUGGGCUUCAGGUUAACAAUGUAGUGGAAAGAAAGAAAAGGGGGAAUGCAAACUCUAUCGCCGUCUCUAGGCUUUGGAGAGCCUGUGGACACCACACUCCCUCAGUGGGGCAACCUCUUCACUGUCAUUGUCACCAGCUACUGCUCCUCUUCUCAUUGCUAGCACUUGCUUGCUUGCCAAGCAAAGAGCCAAUGAGCAAGCAGUAAGUGGCACCUACUGCUCCUCCUGUUGUUUGGGCCAAAACCAGAGGUGGGUGUGCAAGUGAGCAGGUUGCAAUGCUAUAGAGGAGGAGGUGGUUUAGGAGAUUCUUGUCAGUGGGGCCCCUGCUGGGGUAGGCGCUUAGUAGAUGCCAGACCCUCAAAGUGCCCCUAUUUUCCAGGGACAGUCCUGGGUUUACAGAGGCCGUCCCGGUUUCUGUCCUGCUUUUCCUUAGGACAACUCUGUUUUCAACAGAGCCGCAAAAAGAUCCCAUUGAGCACAUGGAUUGACAAUAUGGACAGACUAGUUACAUACGAACAAACUGCAUAUCGGCGCAAAUUAAGAAUGGAUAAAUAUGAAGAAAUCUGGAAGGAAUACUUAAGCGACAAGGCGGAAAGUGGUGGGAAGUAGGAGGAGGAGAGAUGGGGAAAUAUUGUUAAAAAGGUGUAGUUAUAGGUAUAUCAGUACUCAAAUCUGAAUUGUUAAAUUGUGUUAAUAGUGUUAUUGUGGUUUUUGUUGUAUGUGUUUUUUGUGGUUGCUGUUUUCGUUGAAAAAAUGAUUAAAUUUGAAGGGUACGGUAGGAUGUCCCUAUUUUUAUCAGAGAAAAGUUGGAGGGUAUGGAGUUAUUCAACCCCCAAGCCAUCUGAAGGCAACCCUUUAUAUGGAAGGGUGUGUUUUUUUUAAAAAAAAGUUUGAUAUUUUAUUAUGUUUUUAUGUAUGUUGGAAGCUGCACAGAGUGGCUGGGGCAAACCAGUCCACUUUGGAAUUCAGGUUUGAUGGAUUCCUCCCACAUCUGUAGUUUUUAGUGUGUGUUUCUGGAUGUUGCCCCAGUAUAUCUCGUUUCAAACCCCGACGGCCAAACUAGCUGUAAUGGCCACAGGCCUGUGUGCAGAAUGUCAGCUGCCAAAUCUGAAUGAAGCGUCAGCGUUGUGGCAGAUUUAAAGUACAGCAUAAGCCAGUCUUCCCCUUAUCUAGUCAAGGCUGGUAAUCAACGGUGUUGAUUUUGAGCUAGGUUGUCCUCCCCGCCUGCCCAAGCUAGCCCAACAGCGUCCUGUUGUCAGUGUUGAACUAACUGUACAUGAAAUGGGGGGAGUGGGGAGGCAGGUUCUUGCCCCUUGCUUUAGAUAGCAAAAUGUCUUUAGUAAGCACUGCUCACAUUUUAGUGAGGAAGGGCUGCAACUCAAUGAUAGCGCAUCUGCUUUGCAUGCUAAACGUCCUUGGUUCAAUCGCUGCAGUCUCCUGGUAGGGUUGGGAAGGGCCACUGUUUGAAACCCAAUGCUAUUCACUCCCCCCCCAUACAAACAUUCACUGGGAGAAAGAAAGAAAGAAAACUUCUAUAGAAAGACAGGAUGUUUUGAAUGGAUCAUUGUGGAUGGGAGUGGUUUUGGCUCUGUAUCCCAUAUAUUAUAGGAGAAUGGCAGGAUCCACCUGGGCUCGGUGGCUACUGUGCUUGCUUGCACACUAAUGGCAUGGCAGAUCCAGGAAAACCAGAAGAAGAGGCUGCUACCUCUUUUGCAGCAGUGGUCUUACUCCUCCUCAUUAAUGUUCAGGUUUAAGAGACACACCCUUCUCACUAAUGAGCCAGAUUCUUACCAUUUACGUUACGGUAAAUAUAUCCCACCAGUUGCAACACGUAAAGCGUUUUAAUAUUUAGCAAAAAGAGCUGUGUUGGGUUUUAAAAACUUAUACAUGUGUUGUACUGACAUUAUGUUUCCCACUUUUUAUUUAAUUAUUCUACACAAAAUUUGAUUGACAUACAUCUUUAGUUUGCAGACCAAAAAAAUAAUAAUAAUAUGAAAAUCACCGCACUGGAAUGCCUUCAAGCAACAACCACCCAUGUUGGCAGCCUAUUAAAUUGCUAUUGCAAUCUUGACAACCCUCCAGAUGAACAUCAAACCUUCCUACAGUUCCUCCGGGGCUUGGGAGGGGGUACCCCCCCCAAGAACGUAAUAUUAAGAAGAAUAAACCUUGAAUGCUCCAUUACUCCCUCCAGCUUUGUAGCUAAUUUAAAAUCUAUUGAUCCUGGUGCCAAUACAUCAACUCUACUUAGAGGAUAAUUUGAUAGCAAAAAAACAUCCCUAUUUCUUGACUAGCAGAUGUGGUUAUCACAACUCAGCCUGCAAACAUUGUUUAGUGUGGUUGUGUUUCUUCAGUGCCGGAGACUGUAUUAUGUGACACUGAGGUAUCGCUUAAAGGCAAUGGGUGGGGGCCGAGAGAGACAGUAUUCAAACGACAUGGGAGAUUUCCGUUUAUAUUAGCCAGCAAGACACCAUCCACAGCAAACCUUUAAAGCUAGGGAUGCCAUAUUUCAAGAGCUUUUUUGGAUCGAUUGUCCAAAGUUGUUGAACUUUUCUUUGGCGGAUGGCAGCAUAGCGAAGGGGCUUCUGGGAAUUCUGGGGGGUUUGUUAAGGGCUGCUGGGAAUAAUAAUUCUGAGGGGGGGGAAAAUGUGUUUAAAAGUUAUAGUAUGUAUGCAGCUCUGUAUAGCUUCAAAUGCAGAAACUGAUUUGGUGGACACUGUUCCAUCUGUGACUCAACUCGCCGUAUCUGGGAAGAAUUAGGUUCUGGGGAUCUGGAAGGAAUUAAUGAAGCAGACCUUGGACUAGAUCUUAAGGGUUAUAUCCAUAAUGAUGGCGUUCAAGAGCCCAGUGUUAUGGACUAUUACUGCCAUUAAUGGCACAUGAGCACCCAGGUGUGUGUCUGCUCUCCACGUUUUUUGUUUACCACGUGUAUGGUUGAUUUUCUCCUCCUGGUCUGUUCUUCCAAUGCUUGCCAGCACUGAUUUACAACCUGUUCAACAGGCAGCUUGCAUUCGCGGAGAGGGUAUUGCCUGACUUGUGCAAUUGGGAGGAGCACGUGACCAUUCUCAGCACAGCCAAGCACUUGCAAAGCUCACGGCUUGUAUGAAUUCUGCCUGCAGUCUGUGUGGCUUCAGAUUCCUAGCGAUCCUGCUCAGGCCUGUGAGUUGGCACAGGAAUGGGAUCAAAUGCUACAGUCCUUCCUAAGACUCCUUCUUCCUGCUGCUUCUGCUGCAAACCCUGCUGCUCCCACAACCAUAACAAGGAGAAAAUAGCUUCUGUACACUUACUGUGGUCAGGGCAUGAAGGAGCAAGUCGCACUUGUCCUCAGCAUCUUCUCUGACUGCAGAUUUUCAGAUGUCCAGGCACCUGUCAUUAGAGAAGGACAAGUGCAUCAGUUUCAGCUACUCAUUUGCCGUAUUUCUGCAUCUGUUUGAGAAAGUUGGGUGAGCAUUCUGGUGCACAUUUAUCCUGAUGUACACAUUCUUCUAUGCAAUUUUGCCUAGCAUACACAUUUUUGCAAGCAAAAUUGUUAAUUAAAUUUCUAUACUGUCUUUCAUCCAAAGGUCACAGGGCAGUUUACAGUAUAAAAACACAAAAAUGCAUACCAUAAUAACAAACAAAACAAUAACCUCCACACCACACACCAGAUUUAAAGACCAUAGAUUGUUUAAUCAGCAUAUUUUUGCCUGGUGCCUAAAGAUAUGUAAUGAAAGUACCAGGCAAGCCUUGCGAGGGAGAGCAUUCCACAAGCGGGGAGCCACUGCAGAAAAGGCUCCGUUCUCAUGUUGCCACCCAUAUGCAGAUGACACAGCUUGGCCCUAUCCUGUUCCUACAAACAAUGAUUAGCGAAUGGGGACUUCCCCCACCUUGAGCCAAAACCAACCUACAGAAAACUGCCUGUCAGCCCUCCUAAGAACAUAAGUAGAGUUCUUCUGGACUGGACCAGUGGUCCAUCUAGACUGCCAUUUUGUUCGAUUCCUAUGGAAAGCCAGCAAGCAGGACCUGAGCUCAACAGCACUCUGCCCACUUGUGAUUCUUAGCAAUGAGCGCUCAGAGGCACGCAGCCACAAUUGGUGGAGCGAGAGUCUUGUCCUCCAUUCGUUUUCCUAAUCCUCUUUUAAAGCAAAUUCCGUAACCAUGCACGGUGUGAAGAAGUACUUUAUUUUGUCUGUCUAAAGCCUUCCAAUGUUGGUUAGGUUGCCGCAGUUCUUGUAUUAUGAAAGAGGGUGAAAAAACCUCUCCCUAUCAGCUUUCUCCAUGACAUGCAAAAUCUGAUGUUUAUUCUAAACUAAAAAGGCCGAAAAGCUGUAACCUUUCUUCAUAGGAAAGUUGCUCCAGUCCCUUGAUCACUUUGGUUGCCCUUAUCUGAUCCUCUCCAGCUCUUCCAGUGUUUUCCCGGUGGCUUCAAGGAACACUUUAGCCUCAGCCAACCCCCUAUCAAGCUUUGAGAGGGAAGAGGAAUUUCCAGACAGAUACAAGCUCUGCUAUACACACAUUCUUUUCUUUCCCACUCCCAUUCUGUAUUGUUGAACGUUUCAAAUGUUGUGUCCUUUGUAGUACUCUGCAUAGCCUUCUGAGUCUGUACGCCAUUACCACCCACCCUUCAUCAAGGUCUCUGGGUACGGCUUCAAUACGAAACACAUCCCAGAAGCAGCGUGGAAAAAAAAGUUCCUUUCAUGAGACGCGUCAGCAAUUGGCAUUACAACAAGAUAAACCACCCUGUGUGAAAUUUAAAAGAGGACUCAUAAUGCGAUGCAGGACCACCCAGGACCGGUGCUGCUUCCUGACAAUUUAAAUGCAUAUGCCAUAAUUGCACCAAUUUCCAGUGCAGCAGGCUUAGGCUGAUUCGCUUCAUUCCACCUUUCCUCAUGCACUUCAAGAUUGCUAAGAGCAGAAAUAAUAAAAUACAACAAAGGCCAACGGAACAAAAAAAUUAGAGAUCAGCAAAUAACCCCCAAUCCUAGCCGCAAUAAAAAAAUAUUCUAGGUACAGUAGGAUUAUAUGCCAGUUAGAAGCCAAAAGCUGUGGUCUAACACUGGGUUAAACCACAUAGCCUAGGACUUGCCGAUCAGAAGGUCGGCGGUUCGAAUCCCCGCAACGGGGUGAGCUCCCAUUGUUCAGUCCCUGCUCCUGCCAACCUAACAGUUCGAAAGCACGUCAAAGUGCAAGUAGAUAAAUAGGUACCGCUCUGGUGGGAAGGUAAGCGGCGUUUCCAUGCGCUGCUCUGGUUUGCCAGAAGCGGCUUAGUCAUGCUGGCACAUGACCCUGAAGCUGUCUGCAGACAAACGCCGGCUCCCUCGGCCUAUAGAGCGAGAUGAGCGCGCAACCUCAGAGUCGGUCACGACUGGACCUAAUGGUAAAGGUCCCUUUACCUUCACCUUAACACUGGGGUAGAAGGCAGGCAUCCGAUGUGUGCUAUGCAGAAAGUUCAGGUCGAGUGGCCCCUCCCCAGUGCGCCCCUGAUGUGCAACUAGCUCAGGUUUUCCAAAAAUCUGCCAGUGCAGCCUCAGAACAGCUGAAUGAACCCUUUUGUUCAUAUUGCACUUUUGAUCUGAAUGGAAAAUAAGGCACCAGAACAUACUGGAAACAAAGCAAAAUAUUGUUAUGUGGGAAGGGAGCCAUGAGUGCAAUCACAAGGUAUGGAUACGUAUCUGGUGAUAAUUUUGCAGAUAGGGCACAUUUAAAGUGAAUUUCCUGGUGGAGGAUGAAAAGAGAACGAGAAGGGCAAGGAAUAAGGGAGGGCGCUAUAGGAAAAUGAGGACGAGAGAAAGAAAGAACUACAUUUUAUAAUAUUGUUUUUAAACUUUAAAUAUUGAGCGAUUUAGAGAUGGUUUUAGAUAAGCAAAUGUCUCAAAAUGACAGCCUUGACUAGCGAAGAAUGUAUUAUUAUCGGCUAAUGCAUUCUUCACUAGAAGGAAGAGUUGUAGCUCAGUGGUAAGGUUCCUGCUUUGCAUGCGUAAGGUCCCAGGCGCGAUCCCUAGUUGUUGUUGACAUCCGUCUGUCUCGAGCGACAAUGGAGUGUGCCUCCAUGGGUGAAGUCUGCUGUAGCGGCACCGAAGUGACCUCUUUGGGGCAAAAGCCUGGGCAGUGUGUAUGGAGGUCCUGGGCUGCCCAGAUGACAAGACCCUCCCCUCUUGACUUCGUGGAUGUGGUCCAAAAGAAAGCAGAGCAAGACGUUUGGCACCAGCUUGGCUGCAGGACUUGCUGGGAGGAGGUGUACAAGGCACCAUCCAACCAUCUUAGGGACUCUGCUCCGGAUUUGUGUAGAGUUUACUCCUUAGCCUUUUCUUCUCCUGAAGCUAUCCCACAGGCAGCAGAGAUUUAGGUUCCAAGUUUUCCUUCUCCUAGAUGGGCUACCUUCCCAGGCUGACAACCCCCAUCUGCCCCUCACUUCCUUCUACAGCAUGGGCAGAAACUGCCUUCUUGACCGUUGGACCCACUAUUGGUCUCAUCCACUCAAUCUGUCAGAGCCUGUCUUCACAUGUAGGGAAGUCUCUAACUCACUGAGGGCUUAAGACCUGUCAACUACCCUCACCUGGCUUAGCCAAAUCUGAAGGCAGCCCUGUUUAGGGAAGUUUUUAAUGUCUGAUGUUUUAUUUUUUAUUAUUACUAUCAUUGAUUCUGUUGGGAUCCACCCAGAGUGGCUGGGAAACCUGGCCAGAUGGGCGGGGUAUAAAUAAUAAAUUAUUAUUAUUAUUCUAAGCUACAGUUUUCAGGAUUCUUUGGAGGGAGCUAUUUGCUGUAAAUGUUCUUUAAACAUAGGUCGUGGGUGUGACCUUCAACUCUAAAUUAGAACAGAGAAGAGAUUAGAACACCCAAAGGAAUUAAGUGAUGAAGGUAAAAGUCCUCAAAUUCCACAUUGACAUAGGAGAAACAAUUCCAUUGUCACCACACAUGAAAAAUACAGGCAUUUGUUUUUGGGGGGGGGGGGAGGAAAAGGUUAAUUUUGAAACGCCUCUUCUGCACUGAUAAACACUUCUUCUCAUUUUAUGGUUAUUUUACCACAUCUGCUUCUGAUGAAGGUCUUCUUCAGAGUCACCUGACUUGCAUUGAAAACAGGAUACUGGAUUAGACUGACAGCUCAUUUGAGGCAGGAAAGAUGCCGAAAGUUUCAACACAAAGAAUGGAAUAAGGAAAAUUGGCCCCCUGUGUUUUGCUGGCUCCGUUUUUUACACUACACAUGUACAUUACAAUCCCUUUUUGAUGCUUACCUUGUGAUAAAACAACACAGAAUUGUGAGAAUCUUGGCAAGCAUCUUAAGGCUCAAAAUAUUUUUGCCAAAACUGGGGGGGAGAGGGAGAGAGAGAGAGAAAGAAAGAAAUGUGAUGUCUAUAUUUUUUAAAAAUCAACAAGCAAACAACAACUAUGUUUCUGUUAUAGACACCGGAAUCAUGAUCCACACAUAUGAUGAGUAUACCUUGUGUGUCUGGAAUCUGAUGAUCACUCAGCUUAGAAAUUUUUGGCCGUCAUCUGCUCCCUAGUGGAGAAUUUACCUCAUGAUACUGUUUUUCCUUCUUCUUUCCGUGACAUGUUUUGGCACAUCGAGCUUUGUCCAUAAACACCUUUGGUCAGUUCACCUGAUAGAAUAAGAAACUAGCUUCUACCUUAGAACAAACUUACCAAGGGAGGAAUAGAAGAAAUCUGGGGGCAGCGGAACAAUUAACCUGUUCCUGUAACGAGGCAAGAUACUCUGUACAGGGUUUCCCAGUGCAUAGCACUCCCAGAAAGAAGUGUUGUUGUCAAAGGUGAGACCAAUCAAGUAGGGGCGAAGAAACCCUGUGUCCCUCCCUGUGUUGUUAGACUACAUCACAUCACCCCAGGCUAUUUGCCAUGCUGGCUAGGGCUAAUAGAAGUUAAAGUCCAACAACAUCUGUGGAGUCGUGGGUUCCCCAUUCCUGGAUUAAGGGGGAAUCUAAAGCUGGUUGAGUUUCCUAAAGCAGUCAGGAGGAGUGAGAUGGAUGGAAUGGAAAGAUGGAAAGCAGAGAAUGACCUUGGGUAAGGGGGCAGAAAUUGUUCUGUAAUGGCGUUCUGGGUGAUCCUCCUUUAAUAUGCAGGCUGUUUGAUAAAGGGAGUUUGUUGUUGUUUUAAUUAAUCUCCAUAUCACUUCUCUAACCAGAAGUCUGUGCCAAACCCAAGCCGUUCUCAUGUGGACCUCAUGUACCUUAACGUACCUACAUAACAGCCUCAGUUCCUACAAAUGAAAAAUGGAAAUAACAGAGAGGUUCUGUGAGAGUAAAUAAAGAGUAAAACUAACACCUUAGGCCAAGAAAAACACUCUGUAAAUGAUACAUUAAUGAAAACCAGAGGGAACAGUUUGCCUCUUGCUGACAGCACAUGAGACGUGUGGCGAAUUUAUGGGCCUCCAACCCGCACCAACCGAAGCCUGUAUGGCCAUAGUUUGGGACGGUAGGUCAGCAACACCUGACACAGGAGGAUCAGAAAAGUGAUGAGAAUCAAAGAAUUGUUGAGUUGGAAGGGACCCCAAGGUCUGAGCCCCUGGAAUGCAAAAAUCUCAGCUAGAUCAUACAUGACAGACGGCCAUCCAACUUCUGCUUAAAAACCACCAAGGAAGGAGAGUCCACCUCCUUCUGAGGGAGUCCGCUCCAUUGUCUAACAACUCUUGCCAUCAGAAAGUUCUUCCUGAUGUUUAGUUGGAAUAUCCUUUCUUGUAACUUGAAGCCAUUGCUUUGAGUCCUAGUCUCCAGAGCAGGAGAAAACAAGUUUACUCCAUCUUCCAUGUGACAGCCUUUUAGAUCUUUGAAGAUGGCUAUCAUCUCUCCUCUCUGUCUCUUAUCCAGACUAAACAGACCCAACUCCCUCAACCAUUCCCCAUAAGGCUUUGUUGCCAAAUCCUUGAUCAUCCUGGUUGCCCACCUCCACACAUGCUCCAGCUUGCCAAUAUCUAAAUUAUGGCACCCAGAACUGGACACAGUACUCCAGGUCUGAUUAACGCAGAGUGGAGCAGGACUAUGGCUUUCCUUGAUCGGGACAAAUACUUCUAUUGAUGCAGCCUAGAAGAGCAUCAGCGUUUUUGCUGCUGCAUCAAACUGUUGACCCGUGUUAGAUUUGUCAUCAAGGCAAUGGGACACAAUCACCCACCAUAUCUGAUGGGCACCAAACUAGCCUAGUGAGCAGGUCUCAUGUCCUCCAGCAGCUUGCCACUCCACCUUGUGCCUGCUUGCUCAAGAAGAUGGUGCAGUUUGUAGCUAAUGAGCAGAACAACACAUGCAAGAAAUGCCUGCAGGAAAGCAUGAUCUGAGCUAGCUGCCACUUAGCCUGCUGACUAUGCCUUUCCCAACCUUCCUGUGGUACACAUUGGAAGACGAUGACAUGCAAGAUAGGCAGCUAAGCAAAUAUUGCCGCCUCAGCUCAUGAGAAUGGGAAUAGCCAGAGGCACAUGUGGGUGGGUGCUCAGUUGCUGCCGUUCCACAGAUUCUGUCACCUGAGGCAGCUGCUUCAUUCUGCCCAAUGGUAGGGCUGACCCUGAUCUCCUGUGACUCCGGAGCAGUGUUAGAAACUGAGAUAUGAAAGCUAGGAGCUAAAUGGCACUUAAACUUAAGUUGUGGGCGCCACAGCAGAAUGCCUAGGCACGCUUUUUUUAUAAGAAUACAAAGCUGAAAAUGAAUGAACUGCAGCUAAAGUCUUAUAUUUAUUUUUCACAUGGUCUAGUCCUCAUAUGAAGACUGCAAAAAACAAAGCCAUACUUCCCCUGCCCGCCUCCCUAAUAUUCUUAUGAGGGUCCCUUCUCCCAUCCUCAGAGAGUGGCUGGAAGUGGGGAGGCAGAAAAAGGUCCUCCUUUCCUUCCACUCUACAGUUUUAAUCUGAAAUCUUAGGCGCUGUACUGCUCCAAGAGCUCAGAAACAUUAAUGAAAUUCCCCGUCGCAAAACGUGCCUAGAACAAUGGGAGUUUCGAACGCUGCUCCAGAGGGAAGGCUAUUCCAGGCUCAACAAACUUUUUAUUAAAGCCGAGACACAGUGAACACAGCCGCUCCCACCUAGAGCACAGUGGACAUGCUGAUGUCCCCAUAGAAUUUAGGUUACCCAUCGCUAACUUGCUUGCUUUUCAGUCAGACAAGCGCGGCUACUUUUUGCUGGAGCAGGGCCAACAGGUCUACAGUGACAGUUGCAGAAGCAACCAUAACAUUAUUUAUGUGCCAGCUCUCCACACCUGUGCCAGAGUUAGGGAACAGAUAAAUACAGCACAGGGAGGAGUGUGCUCUUGGAUUGCAUCCAAUGCAAUGAUGCACAAGUAGCUGGAAUGUUUGGCCAAUCUAAACACACUAACUGUUCACCUAAGGCAGGGGGCCUUUUUCCUUCCACAAUGAUAGAUAUAUGGUUCUGUCCUCCAAAUGUGUAUAUGGAGAGGAAAGUGAAGAAAAUAGCGAUUAUAUUGUUUUCUCUAAUGCCUGCAUCUAGGUAGGUUUGUUGGGGUUUUUUGCUGCGCAACCCAAAGUUGCACAGCUCAAACCACAUCGAUUUAAUGAGAAAGUUCAGCAUACGGUUCACUCUCUCCUGCGGAAAUCAAUAGGACGUUUAAAAAGUGCCCCAUGUUGCUUGGAUUGUGUUCUAAAGCAAUGAGAGAAAGAGACAGAGAGAGAGAGAGAGAGAGAGAGAGAGAGAGAGAGAGAGAGGGAGAGAUCCCUUCCCCAUCCCCAUACAGUAACUUGUCUCAGCUAGUCUACUUGCUGGAAGGAAUAUUCAAAGCGAGUUCACUGCUUGCUGGUUAAGAGUUAUAAUCACUGCUUCAACUAUGUUGAAUUUAAAUGUAAGAUACGGGUAUGUGAUUAAAAAAAAGAUAUUUUUUUUUAGCACAUAUGCAGCCACAGUUGCCUUGAGAUUUAGGGAAAGCUCUUAAUUUGACACGGGCUUUUGAAACAAAUUUCUAGAAAGGUAGUUAAUGUUUUCUGCGAAGACCACACCGCCGCAGCCACACCUCAAAACUUCAGAGAUAUUUAAUUUGUUCAAUCCCUGCAGCAUAUACCAUGUUGUAGCAGCAGCAGCAUUAAUGCUGGGCUCCCCCCACCUCCCCGCUAUCCUACUUCAGAGCAGGAUUUUUAACUCUUUCCUCUCCCAAUACAUGAGAGAGAGAGAGAGAGAGAGAGAGAGAGAGAGAAGAUUAAUGAACCUUAUCAAUUUUCUGUUGUGCCUUAGGUGAGCUUCUUAGAUGCCAACUUUUUAGAUUUUAAUAUGGGAGACUUAAGGAUUUCCCAGAAUGUUUUACAUAUGUAACAACAAAGCCCCCUCAAAAAAACACACAACAGGCUUGAAAAGGACAAGAAGGAACACAUAAGAAUAAGGCCACCAACUAGACAUGGAAACCUAAUAUUAAGAUGCUAAGGCUGCACUCAUUUUCCUGGAAGUAAGCCCCAUUGAACCCAGUGGAACACGCUCUUCGGAGCAGACUUGGGGCACACAGUGCUGUAUAAGCAGAGCACGAUUCCAAAAACUGGCUUUUUGAGAUGGACAUUUUGUCUUUCUGGAAAUCAAAACUUUAUACACUGGGAACAGGGAAUCUUGGGCAAGACCUCCGAAAGCAAGAUACAUAGAAAGCCAUCUUUAUUUCUAGUAGAAAAGGGGCAGGGAGGCAGGGCAGGAGGCUAAAUGAAAUAUCAGGCUGUGUGUUCUUCUUCUUCUUCCUCUAUAAUAGUGAGCAAUUAACAAUAUUUUAACAUAAUUUUAUGCUCACUUUUUAAUGGAGAACCCAGACUACAUUGUUCCCAGCGUGUUGUUUUCUGUCUCCUGUCAUUUUUCAGAUCUGAUCUGAAGUGGUUCUCCUCCCCCUUUAAAAACAAUUAAAAUGCCGUGGUCAGUCAGCAAGGGCAACCAAGUAACUACCGAGACUGUUCAGGGCUACUGUGCCUUUCAUUAGAAGCUUCCUUCUCUAGAAAGAGCAGCUUCCUCUGCCUCUUAUUGCUUCCUGUUCAGCAUAGCCUUGGGUUCAAUGAACCCUGUAAUGAGUUAGAUCCUGUUUCCCGUAGGAAUGGAGGAUGGCUUUAAUUACUGGUCUCAUCUAAUUUUUAGUUUAUGCUGACAUAGCACUAUUUUGCAAUAAAAAAGGGGGGAAGGAAACAAAUGCUAACAGUAGUGAAAUAAUUUCCAGGGAACAGGAAUGCACUACUUACAGGAUAAUUUCAUCAGUAAUGCUGGGCUUGCUCGUCUACUAAAUAGUGUUGUUCAGCUUGACACAGCCUUAGAAACCAUUUAAUUAAUAUAUAUUUGCUAGUAGAGAGCCACAGAAAAUUAGGCAACCAUCCUCUGUACUGAUAAUGAUUCAUAUGCAUAGACAGAAUUAAUUAGCAGCAGUAUCACUUCAUCCAUUUCCUUCUCCUUGCAAACAACAUUUUUACAAAUUGAUAUAGGCUUGAUUAAUUCAUGCCUCCAGAAACCAUUAUUUUAAACCAAAUUUAAUGCACUAAAUUCUUCCACAUGCAUACUCCCACCCACAAAAUGAGAGACUUUCAGAGUAAGUUUAAUGAAGAGCAUUUCUCUAGCUGAUCUGAUGUAUGUCUAGCUGAUAUAAAUACCAACAUUUUGUUGAUUUCCCUUCACUUUUUCUUCUUGCUCAUCAGGUAAUCAGUGAUUGGUUAAGAAGUCUACUGAACUAAACCAGUUGAACAAUCUACUUUUAGAACAAAGGAGGAACAGAAUUUAUCAGGGCUUAAUAAGAAGGACCUACUCAGAAGUAAGUCCUAUUGAGUUUAGUAGGACUUAUUCCCAGGUAAUUGUGUUUAGGAUUGCAGCAUUAAGUCAACGUACUUGGGACUAAGCUAUAUUGAAAUCAGUAGAACUUACUUCUAAAGUUGAAGCUACAGUCCUAAUUACAGCUACUGGAGGGUAGAACUUACUUCAGACUAAACAUGAAUAGGGAUUGCACCGUUAAAUGUUUUUCUUGCAAUUAACAACUGAUGUUUCUUUUUCAGGUAAUUUAUCAGGAUAAUAUGCUGCACAUGGGAGAAUGUAAAUGGAGUCAAAUGUUUCCUUUUAUCAUGGUAGGUAUUUCAAGGACAUAUGUUUCAGAAAAGUUCUACAGUUAUAAACCCUAGAAAAUUAACAAUAAGCAUAAUUUUAAUUUUGUUAACCUGAGCAAACAUUAUUUAAUAUCUGCACAGUUGCUUCAGAUGAAGUCCUUAUCGACAUCAUCAGGAUUUCUGCCCAAGAAAAUAUUUUGAAAUAUAAUAUGAAAUCCAACUACUUUCUUAAAACUGUUGCAUCUCAAGGAUAUCAGCAACAAGAAUACCUUGUAUUAGGAAAAACUGCAAACAUGCAACCAUUAGUCAAAAUUGCAGACAGAGAUGAAGAUCAUUAAGCAAAAAGCACACAAAAAUGCACAAUUUUAUGCAGUGUGCUGGGUUUUUUUUAAAAAAAAUGCAAAGUGAUGUGGAAAUUGGAGAAAUGAAGACUGCAAAAACCAGAAACCAAAACGGACAGAGUUGUCCAUUGCUAGAGAGUGACAAGGCAUGGCAAUAGCAGAGAGAUUAAAAGUCAGAGUGGUUCACCCUCUGAUAUUAUUGUUUUUAGGCAAAUGUGAUGCAUUGACAACUAGAAAACUGGGCAAUGGAAUUAACCAGUAUUUAUCCUUUGGUGACAGGCGUCACUUGUUUAUUCUGCUAAUGCCGAAUAUUCCAACUGCGGCGAAAAUGAGUACUACAACCAGACUACCGGAAUGUGCCACGAUUGUCCGCAAUGUGAGCCAGGAGAAGAACCUUAUAUGGUGAGUUCUUCACAUACUUGCAAUCUUAUCCUAGAGGUGGCCAUAGGAACAUCUGCACUGCACUGUGUUAUCCAUAGUGGUCCUUACACACUUCUGGAAGUCCUGUGUUGUUGUUUUUAAUAACUGCUCAGCCUUCUUCCCUUUUCAAUACUACCGAAAGAAGAUCGGUACUGCUGAAUAUAGUCGCAAUCCAACACACCACAUGGUCCUGCAAGCGCUGUUAUUUCUCAUGCUCCAUGCUCAUUAUUCUAAAUUCCCCCCGCUGUCAGGAAAAUGGUCACCACAUGGCUGUUGCGAAGGAAACAGCCACCAUGCUUCCAGGAGGAAUGUUAAAGCAGUCUGGCACAGGCCAGCAGGGCAGAAACAAUCUCUCUCCAAGGCACUUUCAGAUAAUUACACUGAAUCAAGAAAUUUUAUUUGGCCUGUGUUCUGUUGUCCUCGUUGACAUUUGCUUUUUAAUGGGGACCAUAUUUCCAACGGAGAAGGGCUACACAGCAUUGGCUUUGCCCUCUCCUGCCCCAGCUGAGGGGCUCUUUAAGACCCUCCCUGUAGAAGAAGAGGAGUUUAGAUUUGAUAUCCCGCUUUAUUACUACCCGAAAGAGUCUCCAAGCAACUAACAUUCUCCUUUCCCUACCUCCCCCACAACAAGCACUCUGUGAGGUGAGUGGGGCUGAGAGACUUCAGAGAAGCGUGACUGGCCCAAGGUCACCCAGCAGCUGCAUGUGGAGGAGCGGAGACGCGAACCCGGUUCCCCAGAUUACGAAUCUACUGCUCUUAACCACUACACCACACUGGCUCUCACCAGCCAAAGAGGUCCUGCCAGAGUCCUGUGCUUUAUGUAUCGCAUCCUCCCCACCUCCUUUGAUCAGGGUCUUGGCUCGUGAAUGAGAGGAAGCAGUAGAGAGAGCCAUAGCCCCUAAGGACUUUGACAGAGACUCUCUGUGGCUAGUGCAACACAGAGAAAGAGAAGGCUUAAGACACCCUUGAGUGAAAGUCGCUGGGGUGUUGUGCCAUGUUCAUUUCUAUGACACCUAUGGGGGAAAGGAAAGGAAAAGGAAAAGACCCAACCCCAAAAGGCAGCUCACAACAGCUAAACUACAAAUUUCAAACAAGAAAAUAAAAUAGAGAAAACACGAAGAGGCAAUAAACGUAUUUUAAAAUUUAAUUGUUGUUCCUUUUGCAAAUCUACAAAAAAAACAAACCCCGCAUGCAAACGUUGCAAAAGUGAACGUUAUUUAGAAAAUAAAAGAAAACCAAGAACAUCAAGGUUAAAAGCAAUCAGCUCUGCUGUCGUUAAGUCAUGGGUGGCGGUGGGGAGAAGCAAGAAUAGAGACACUCCCCCAGGGAGGGGGGUCCACUGCCUGGCACUGUGUCAGAGAAGACCUAGAUCCCCCCCAAACAACCUGGCUUCAGACUGUGAUGGGACAUCUAUAAAGACUCCAUGGAAGGGACUGGGAGGGUGUCAUCACAAGAGAAUCAGGGGCUAUGCUUGGGGAUGGCUGGGAAAACGUUGGAGACUGGUCUUCCAGUUGCUUGCCCAUGCUCUGCCCCAUCACCCUCAGUCUACUCAGUCAGCCCCACAUGCCUGCUUUCUUUCUUCCAAGCAGCCCAGGAGAUGGCCCUGGUUGUCAGCCUCCUCCUCUUUACUCUCAACAUUGCCUUUGUUGAACUUGUCAAGAAAGAGGAGAGGGGCUAAACUAGAAUGAGUUGGGAUGUUUGUUGUUCAUCCUGCCCGUCCUUGGCUCUGGCUCCACUCAUCUUUGGCCUAUCUGCCUUCUGACCUACCAAAUGGGCACCGGGCACCACUGCUGUGUCAAAGCUUACUCAAAGCAGCUUCACACGCUGCUGCAAAGAACAUCUCGAUGUGGCUGCAAAAAUCCUUUUAUUCACAACUGAGUUUGGAGAACAACAGAGCAGAAAGGUCUCUGGGCUUUCCUGCUCUGUUAAUAUACAGUGCUACUAGGGAGUCAAGAGGACCACCAACUUUGGCCUCAGACACUGCAGGAAACAGUGUGUUAAUGGGCUGCUAAUGUUCUCUUUUAUUUUCUUGAAAGUUGGUUUAAAAAGUGGCUCUUUCAAUUCAGAGACUCUGUUAACCCCCCCACAGACGUGUGGCUAUGGCACCAGAGACGAUGGUUACGGCUGCGUUCCUUGUCCAUUGGAGAAGUUUUCUAAAGGCGGGUACCAGAUAUGUAGGAGGCACAAGGACUGCGAGGGAUUCUUUCGGGCCACAGUUAUGACACCCGGAGAUCAAGAGAAUGAUGCAGAAUGUGGGCCUUGCCUCCCUGGGUAAGGAUUUAAUUAUGAGCCUUUGGUCUCUUAACAAAAACUCCAGUUAUGCUGAGCGACGUGAGCAUAUUUGUUGCAUUCCUGCUGUUGGCCACACUACUUUCUGCAUCCAUUUAAGCGCACGAUAAUUAACUUUAUGUAAAUAAUACAAGCACUUUAAAAAGCAUGUUUUAAAUCAAGGAAAGUAACAGAUGCUAUUAGAGCAAAUGAAAUAUAAAACAAGUGUCUUGUAAUAAGAACUAGGAGGAAGAAUAUUUUUUUUGAUGUUAGAAGGGGAGGAAGCUUGCCCAUAUAAGGAUGUCAAUGUAACUGUGAACUUUAGACCACCAAAUUAUUGGAAUUUUAAAAACAAACAAAAUGAAACCAGUGUUUCUUGGUUACCCUAAGGGAGACUGAAGUAUCGCUCUGAUAAAAUGAAAAAUCAACAUGGUCAGAAUAUGAUCCUUCAUCAUUUUAUAUGGAAAAGUUGAUUGCAUCACUAGAUCUUUAUAGUGACAUUAAAUAACACACCAGAUCAGUUAAAUUUAUUUUUCUUUCCCCAGUAAUAGCAAAUCACUACUUUUUAUUAAUAAAGUAUUAGGUUCAACAAAGCCAUAUUGAUUUUAAAGUCACUUUUAUUAUUUUUAUGCUUAAAGCACUUUAACAUUCAUGGUUCACAUAUAUUGUGGGGACUAUAGUUUCUUAAGGGUGCUGGGAGUUGUUAGCCAGUAUAACCAAUGGUCAGGGGUGUUGAGUGUUGAAAUCCAACAACAUCUGGAGGGCCACAGGUUUCCCACUCCUAACAUGAUGCAUGAUGCAUAGGAUUCCUGACCACAUGUCUGGCUGAAUGUGGUCAGAGUCCAUUCUCACCUGGUCUGGCUUCGUAGAAGGCUGGGAGCUCCAUGCCUUCAGAUGCCUCCAUGUUCAGAUGUGCUGUCUUUUCAAAGUGACAACAGGGUCACAUGGAACAUAGGGAGCUGCCUUCUAUGAAGCCAGACCAUUGGUUCAUCUAUCCCAGCACUGUCUAUAUAGACUUUCAGUGGUUCUCCAAGGUUUCAGGGAAGAGUCUUUUUUAAAUCCCUGCUGGAGCUGGAUUGAACCCGGGAGCCUUCUGCAUGUGGCUACAUGACUGAACUUCAGCACAUCCUGAAACACAGAUUAAAAACAUGUGCUCCUGGUUUUUUUUAAGUCAAAAGAAUUACUAAUUACAAUUUGGAUGCGUUUAUAUUGCCAUUUGCAAAUGUACAAGAGGUUCGGGUCUAGUGCUUCCUCACAUCUAAAGCAGGGUUCCCCAGACUAGGGUCUCCAGCUGUUUUUGGACUACAAUUCCCAUCAUCCCCAUCCACUGAUCCUGCUAGCUAGGGAUGACGGGAGUUGUAGUCCAAAAGAACAGCUGGAGACCUGAGUUUGGGAAACUUCUGAUCAAGGUGGAAUCUACACACGUUCUGAAAAUAAGCAUCGAAUUUUCUAUAAGGCUCGCCGCCGCCAUCUAGUGCCACACUGUAUAUUGCACUUACAACACACUUAAAACGUUUUAUUUGCAGCUGUAUAGCUGAGUCUUUAGAGCCUUGUAGAAGUUUCUGCUCAUGAUUUACGCAAGCGCAUUCCUAUAUGUCAGAAAGCACACAGGCCACGACAAAGAGCUUCACGUUCUCGCCCUGCUUGUCUUCUAAACCUGAUGUUGAUUAGUAGGUUUUGCAUAAGUUGCUCUCUCUCUCAGUCCCCAUCUCCCUGCCCAGGAGGAUUAGCCUGGAGCUGAAUAUUCAGCAUGCCAGCAAAAUCAAGGCAGCUGGUGCUUGUCUGGAACAUCACUUCUUGGGGGGGCGGGAAUUAUCCUUGCACAGAGGGUCUCAUUUCAGAGACAUGUCUUGAGCUGCAUUGCAAACGCAGUGGACAAACGUCUGUUGAUUUAGGCAGUGAUACCACCUCAUGUCAUGUACUUGAAUGCUUGAUUUAAUUGCCUUUAUGAGGGCAGCGGAGGAGAGACUGUUUCUAGUCAAGCAGGAUAAAAAGUGGAUAAUGCCAUUAAAUGAGUAACACAAAAAAAUUAAAGUCAGUGAUUUCAUCUUGCAAAGAAAGUGAUUUACUUCUCAAGCAUAUCUGAAGGCUACCAAGCCAGUUCUGCUGUGUGGUGUGUGCGUUUUUUCUGCCUUGUCCUUUCAUUGCCUUGUCCUUUCAUUGCAGUUACUACAUGCUAGAAAACAGGCCGCGGAAUAUCUAUGGGAUGGUUUGCUACUCUUGCUCCCUGGCACCUCCCAACACAAAAGAGUGUAAGUAUUGCCACUCUGAUUUCUAUUUACUUGUAUUCGGACUUAAGAAAUCUCAAAACGCCGCCUGAAGUUUUCCUGAGCAAUAUGCCAGUUGACAAACUGAGCCUGCCUUAAAAUGGAGCACACUUCAGCAACACAGAAUGGAGGAGGGCACAUGAAUCAGAAUAACUUAGGGACACCUUCCUGAAUCUGAUUCCCUCCAGAUGUUUCCAGACUACAACUCCUAUAAACCUUGACCAUUGGCCAUGCUGGCUGCGACCGAUGGGAGUUGGAGUACAGCAACAUCUGGCAGGUCCCAUGGGGAAAGACUAACCUAGAGUUUUCGCAUGGUGGUUUUUCAUUUUGCUACUACAAAAACCAAUAGCUGCAGUGCAGAAGACGCCAGUAGCAAGACAAGCAGAUGCACAAAACCAACUAGCAGUUUCCCAUCAACACAAGGAUUUCUGCUUUCUUCCCUCCCUUCUCCCGGUGCAAACCUUCCCAAAAUCUGCUCCAGAUGGGCAUGGCAGGAAGUAAAUCCCCAAGGUGCAAGCAGAAAUCCUAGUGCUUUACUAAGCACCACUUUUGAUGCAACCUCAAACAGCAGCUUGACACCAGCUUCCAUGGAGCCUUGUAUAAGCAAGACCACAUCCACAGAGCUGUCCAUCCUUCUUCCUCCUUCUUCACAAAAUAGGCUUCCCAAAGCUUAAUAUUGGCAAUCCGUAUAGCUUUUUCAAUUUAUUGUAUCCCACUGUUCCUCCAAGGAGCUCAAGAUGGUGAACGUGGUUCUUCCAUGCCCCGUUUUAUCCUAACAACAACCCUGUGAGGUAGACUAGGUUGAAGUCAGUCACUGGCCCAAGGUCACCCAGCGAGCUUUACGACUGAGCAAGGAUUUGAAUGUUGGUCCUCAUCCAACACUUUAACCACUAUUCACACUGGCAAUCCUUAAGGAAGAGGAACCUCCUUAAUGGAUCCAAACCAUUCUACAUAUUUCAGUUUGUCGCUUUCCCAACAUGAAAGGCCGACACGGGGUUAUCUUCUAGCGUGGCAGCUAAAAUGCACAAAGCAUUUUAAAGCCUUUUAAAAGAAUAAUCCUAUUUACUUUUUGGCAUGUGGAUCUAAAGGAAGGGACUGUGGUAAAUAGAACAUAAUACACUGGGGAAAAAACAAAAAACUUUUUGAAGGCCAAAUUAUGAUUUCCCAAAUAGCAAUGGAGUUUAAUGGAAAGGCCGACAGAUCUUCCGCUGUCGCACUGCUUGUAGGUUUCUUCACAACAUUCCUGUUGUAUUACGUACAGGUGGUUAAAAGCACACAACCCACAUUUGUGUCCUUGAAUUUCAGUCAUCAGCAUUUUGACGCCAAAAUGCAGGAAUUUCCAUGUGUGGCGAUUUGUCCUUGACUUCCCCUGCAUACAUCUUUUUAGAAAAUGUGUGAGUCACGGCUGCCCAACCUAGCUAAGUGGUCUGGGAUGUAAAUGAUACUUGAACUUUCAUAGCUGAGAAUGGUGAGAAAGGGAGCUUACACUUGGGUUUGUUUCUUGUUAUUUACUCCUCUGAAAGCCGGCAUGUUGUAGAAGGAGUUUGUUUUAAAAGGUUCUCUGUUUUAUUUAGGGCGAGAAUAAAAGGGGGGUGGGGGAAAGCUUCAUUAGAAAAUGUGAUCAUGCAGCUUGAAAGGCUUGUUUCCUGAGUCACACGGAUGUUCUGUUGGCUUUUUUUUAGAAAAAUCAGAACUAAGGUUUUCAGUUACAAUAGAAAAUUCAAAUUCUUAACAAUACCUAAACCACAAUCCAGAAAGUCACACCAAUCACACUAUGCCAUGCCUGCCCACCCCAGCAAAGUUUAGGAUUUGGGUAGAAAGAACUGUAAACUUUGAUUCUCAUUUUUCCAAUCUUUAAUUCAGUUCUUCGCAUUUCUGCAGCAAUUUGUGAAUUUUCUUUUUUAAAAUCUUCAUGAAAAUUCCUCAGCACUUCAGUGAAUGCUCAUUCUUACAUAACAAUACCUGCAAAUAAUCCAGAAUUAAAGCUCUAUAAAGACUGUAAACACCCCUCCAGACUGGCAGGUCUUUGUGGGUGUAUUCUGCAACACGCUGAAUAGCAUCCUGAUAUCCUCCCUUGAGUAUACAGUGGUACCUCUGGUUAUGAACUUAAUUCAUUCCGGAGGUCCGUUCUUAACCUGAAACCGUUCUUAACCUGAGGUACCAGCUAAUGGGGCCUCCGGCUGCUGGUGUACCACUGGUGAGUGAUUUCUGUUCUCAUCCUGAGGUAAAGUUCUUAACCCGAGGUACUACUUCCAGGUUAGCAGAGUCUGUAACCUGUAGUGUUUGUAACCCGAGGUACCACUGUAAAUCCUAACUGAUGAAAGGCAAACAAAAUGGGAAGAAAGCACACAAGAGCUUUCCUAACCAAGCCUCCAAUUCAUUUGACUGCCCUAAUUCACCAUCUUCAAAUGUCCAGAACUAUCAGGCUUAUGUCCACCUAGUUUAAAGUCAGGAGAUAUAUAUUGCAUGCCUUACUAUUUCAACACUGCAUAAAAACCACUAUUUUGGUUUCAACACUGCAUAAAAACAACUAUUUUGGUUUCAAAUGAAAAUGUCUCUUACAAAAGGCACAUACGACAUUUAAGAACUAGCCACGCUUGUAAGGUACUUUGCUCUGUUAUAGGAAAAACUCAUUUCAAAUUGCUGAACUAUAUGCUUUUUUUGGCCACGUUUCUAGCUAGUAUUUGUCUUUGCCAUUAGUGCAUUUUAUAUUGUGUAAUAGUUCUUCGUUUAUUUUGAAAAACGCAUCUUUAUUUAGAGCAUGCACAUUUCUUUACUUCAUAAGCUGCAAGACGUUUUUCACGCGCUACAAGAGAACUUAAUUUCCUGUCACAUUUGUCUGAUGGAGCUGGGCCAAGAAAAUUCUCAACUUCCUAGAACUGCAGAACAACAUCAGUCAUUUUUUCAUUGGGGCAUGAAUUUAGCCAAAUAAAUUCUCCCAUCUCGUAUGCCGUGUGUUGUCUUUGCUAGAGAUUCAGUGCCUUAAAUGCUGAUAAUAAAAAUCAGUGCCUUUUAAACAAUCUUAAAAGCAGGCUGAAAAUAUAUAAUAAGUCUAAGGCUGCAAACCUGAAAGUCCAGUUGAAACCAUUCAUUUCAACGGGAGCUGCUUCUACAAAAACAAAGGAAAACCAAGUUUAGGACUGCUGUGCCUCUUGCGUUGGUGUUCAGUUGGCACAUCCCUAGGUUCAGAAACAAAUGUGUGCCAAAUGCGUUUUUCACAGCUCGGCACCAUAAAUCCACAUUUAGGUGUUUGACAUUUGAAUUGUAAGCACUGGCUUUUAAAUGGACGGGAAAUUCAUGCAAGUUAAGUAACUGUGCUGUCAGUUCACAAAUGCAUCAAUUCAUGGCCCAGAUUUUACAAGCGUCACCAGGAAAAUUUAUGGCAAAUUUGUUUUUUUAUUAUGAUAGGUGCAGGCGUUACCUCUGGGGUGUCAGCCAGUUUCCCAAUUACUUCUGGAACAAGUACCCAUUCUCCUUUCCAGCAUGUGCACAAAGGUAAGAAAAGCAGCCCAGUUCCCCUUUUAGCAUUUUCUUGAGUUGGCUUUUGGUAUGUACUCCUGGGAGGCUGGAAGACUGAGCAGCCGGGGGAGCAAGGUGCCUUCUUCCCUACAGAGAUGUGUGGUUGAUGUGCCGUCUCAGAAAUCUGAGCUGUUUCUAUUUAAACUUUUUCUUUUUUACUCAGCCUAUGGGUCUGUCAGGCUUAAAGUAUGUGUUUUAAUUUCAUUUCACGGUUUUCUCAUAGAUGAAGUAUCAUUAAAAAUAUUUCUUCAGCAAUCAACAUGCUUCAGCAGAGAUGAGUUUUACAAUGAACUUUGCAAAUGAGGUGUAUUUAUUUAGAUGAAAAGUUAAUUUACCUCAGGGGUAGGCAAACUAAGGCCCAGGGGCUGGAUCUGGCCCAACUGCCUCCUCAAUCCGGCCCACGGACGGUCUGGGAAUCAGCGUGUUUCUACAUGAGUAGAAUGUGCCCUUUUAUUUAAAAUGCAUCUCUGGGUUACUUGUGGGGCAUAGGAAUUUGUUCAUUAUUAUUUUUCCAAAAUAUAGUCCGGCCCCCCACAAGGUCUGAGGGACAGUGGACUGGCCCCCUGCUGAAAAAGUUUGCUGACCCCUGAUUUUGCUCCUUUAUCUCAUCAAAUGAGGUUUAUUUGGAUUGUGGGGAUUUAGUUCAUUUCAGUCAUUUGAUGAUGUGAGCAAUCUCCUUUGGUACUAAUACAGUCAGAUGUGUCAUUAUGGGGCAUAAAGUCAAGGAAAUCAGGUCACCAGAAAAUUGCGGGGGGGGGAGUCAUCUACUGAUCCCAAUCCAAAGACUUGGUAAUGCGUUUAAGGAAUUCACAGUGAUCAUAACUUUGUUCGCUGCAAAGCAAGAGGCACUUUAGCCAACUUUAAACACAAUUGCUAAGCAGGGCCAAUUACUCUUGAAUUGGGAACACAUCCAUUCAGCAAAUCCAGCUCCACAAACAGAACGAUUUGAGACACUAAUGAAUAUUGGCAACUGACUGCAGUGUUUCACCUUAGCCCAGAAACGUGUAUCAAGAGCGUUAUUUCUAACAAGCAAGUAAACUGCAGAAAAACUAAACAAAACCAGAUGAUUUCGCUGUAAGAGAGUAGCUUUUAGAUAAAUGGGUUAUUCACAAAAGCUAAAGAAGUACUUUGUUUAUUCAUUUCAAAGUAACCGGGGAAGAAAAUUUUGCAGCAAAUCUGUUUCUAUUGAAGGUGCGAGUCUUACCUUUUCUGGAGUGUUCUAACUGGAAUACUUAGAUGGCUGCAAAUGGACUUUACUUGCAAUUACUCAUUAGUGGUGGCUUGUUUUGUUUUUGUUUUUUUAAAAACCCCAACACACAACACUACCGCUAUGAAAAGACCUGCAUUGGCACAUAUGAAAAGUGAAUUGCUUGUUUGAAAAUUUUCAUAUUCAGUAAUUAACGUAACAUUUUGAUACACUCACAAACAAUUUAGGGAAGGGGAAUCUAGUAGUGCAAGCUUGCUAACAGUUAAAUGACAAUUUUCUGAACAUGCAAUUUCACCUGCAGGAGUGUGAUCUGAGAAAGGUACUCUGUGCCAUGGGGGGGGGGGAAUAGAGGCAGUUUCAGUUUGAGUUUUAGGGCAAGGCAACCUAUUUAUGGAGCAUUUAUCCUGAUUUCCUUGCACAAAGUGGAAACGGCAGUUAGAUGAUAUUCAGACUUUAUCGAGCAUUCGUUCUAAUUUGUUUACAGGGAGGUUAUAUGACAAUGACCAUUCCCCUUGGUUUUGUUCCAGGGCGUUUGCACAUUAUCUUAUUAAUCAUUCCAUUAAUCCCACACUUUUCACCAUCACUUUCUUAACUGCAAAAGAUCCGUUGUUGUUUACAUGGAUAUGUUGUGCUAGGGCAACAGAGAGCUUAAAUCCAUUUUAGCUGUGCAAACCCACAUUUGCCAGAUGGACUUGAAUCCAUUCUGCAAAAUACUGGCCACUUGGAAGCACAGACACACAUGCAAUACUGACUCUGAAUUACAAAGACUACAUCUGGCAUUCUACUGCAAGUAAAAAAACUGCAUGCUAAGUAAAUGAAAAUACAAGAUUAGUGUUCUUCCGAGUCCAGUGGAGUUUAUUUGCAUGCGAAUGUGCCUGACAUCGUAGCCUUACUGUAUAGUCCUGUGCACGCCCUCCUCAAGAGUAAGUUCCAUGGAGUUCAAUGAGACUUACUGCCAGCUUAAGUAGAUACGGGACCUCAGCCUUAAUAAUGGUAAAAGUGCCCCCCCCCCCGAUUAUCAAGGUGGCAGAUAUGAAAAGUAAAGGAAGUGUGCUUCCUGUUUCAGAAAUAUUUUAGAAAUAUUUGUGUUAUCCUAUACAAAUGUAAUUCAUAAUUGGUGACUAGAGACAAGCUCAUAUGGUUAAUACUUUUAAAUGCCUUUAAUGGGGUUGCGGCUACAGCUCUAAUAAUCUGUCUCUGUGUUUUCAGGAGACCUCUCCAGUCAAGGACACCUUGCAACUGCUCUUAUCAUUGCCAUGUCAACUAUUUUCAUAAUGGCAAUCGCUAUUGUCCUGAUCAUCAUGUUUUACAUUGUGAAAACGAAAACUUCGGCUCAAGGUAACUGCCCGUCAGUAAAGAGAAUUCUGACUUCUGUGCAUAGGCAUUUGCCAAGAAUGGGUUUUAACAAGAGGCGUGAUUUUAAAUUCCAGCUUGCUGCACCAGCCAUUCUGUGAAGACUGUAGAAGCCCAGGCCAAUAUGCAGGGGGAGAAAAAAGAAGUACAAGGUUUGAACAGUUUUUUAAUUUCUGCUUUUUACACACAUCAGAUCCCACACGGCUUAAUUUGCCCUGAGGCGAUGCCCCGUGUUAAUUUAAACUUUAAACUGCUCGGACUCAAAUUCCAUUUUGUAGAAGAAUAAUUGGGAAGGCCUAUAUGUAACCUUGAAAACAUCCUUCUGCCUGCAAUCCCUUCCCUGACUAAUUUAAGACUCAGCACCACAAUUCGGUGAUUUGUUCCGAAACACCCAUACGCAGGUGCCAGCGAGGAAAUUUUGUUCACAACUGUGAUCCGUUGACCGUUUCAAACCCUUUCCCUCCUCUUUUUUAAUUUGCAGAAAAUGUGGUGAUUUUCUCAGAGAAAGACGAGUUUGGAAAAUUAACUGCAACUCCAGCGAAGGUUGUCAAGAGGUAUGUGACAGAAAAACAAGCAUGCCGAUAGCAGGGAAGGAGCAGGAUUAUAGUCGACAGCACUUGACACUGAACUCUCUACAGUAGGCCGCAUUCCAGCCACACUAAAGUCAGAGGUGUAUAUAUGGAACAGAUUAAGUUCGUAAACUGAGGUACCACUGUAUCUACGAUCACAUCCACACCACAUAUUUAAAGCACAUUUAUAUCAUUAACAGUGGGGGCAGCUUCCUUCAAAGAAACCUGAAAACCGUGUCGUUUACCACAUACGGAGCUACAAUUCCAAGCACCUUUAAUAAAACACAGUGCCCAGGGUUCUUUGCAGGAAGCUUUGUGCUUAAAAUAUAUGGUGAAUGUGACCUAGAUCUCUAGAUAGAUGAGUGUGCACACAGACGCGCAUAUGAAUCUCUUUUAGGAUCCAUGGAGGGUCCUAAAACCUGGGGAAAAGAGACAAGGAGGGGCAUAUUUAGACCCAGGCUUAAGGUUCCUACAGUCUUGCCAGCAGAGAUCUGGAGGAAAGUUUAUUUACAUUAAGUGGGUGGUGGAGUGGGGGGAGAUGGAAUUUGUUACAGGAAAAUGUUGCAGGAGAAGCACUUUAGUAUUACUGGUAUUUUUUUUUAAAGGAAAGGAUUGAACUUCCCUCGGUUGAUUUGAAAUUUAAAAUACAGUGGUGCCUCGCAAGACGAAAUUAAUCCGUUCCGCGAGUGUCUUCGUCUAGCGGUUUUUUCGUCUUGCGAAGCAACCCUAUUAGCGGCUUAGCGGUUUAGCGGCUAUUAAAGGCUUAGCGGCUUAAAGGCUUAGCUGCUAAAAGGCUAUUAGCAGCUUAGCGGCUUAGAAAAAGGGGGGGGGAGCGAAAAAAAUCUCAAGACUCGCAAGACAUUUUCGUCUUGCGAAGCAAGCCCAUAGGGAAAUUCGUCCUGCGAAGCAACUCAAAAACGGAAAACCCUUUCGUCUAGCGGGUUUUCCGUCUUGCGAGGCAUUCGUCUUGCGGGGCACCACUGUACAAAGAGCUAAAGCCCUGGUGUUCAGGAGGAUACAAGAAUCCUUUGCAGCAGGCUCAGUCGCCAGUAAUUUUAAUGUGAGGCCUCAAUCCAUGCAUACCCUCCAGCAUUUCUCUGAUGAAAAUUGGGACGUCUGGUGCUAUUUUUCUUUAAAAAAAAAGGAAAACACCUCCCUAGUUCUCUCUGAAUGGCUCCCCAUCUGAGAGGUGCUGGAACUGAGUUCUAGUGAGUUCCAGCUAAAAAAAACCCUGGGCAUAUCCUGUUCCAUACCCUCAAAAAUUUCGCCAUUGCAAAUAGGGACGGCCUAAGGAAAAGCGGGACAUUCUGGGGUCAAAUCAGAAACUGGGGUGACUUCUGGGAAUCUGGGACUGUCACUUGGAAUAGACGGCUGGUUUGGGGCAUGUGACUCUAAAAGCCUCUGGAAUUAGAAAAGCAUAGAGUAGGCAAACUAAAAGAUCUUAUGGUCUUUCAUUUCCAGAUCAGGAUGCAAUGGAGGGUAUACGAGGGCUCCCCACCCCCACAAGAAGCCCUGUUGCCUCAUGAAAUCACAUUGCAACACUUUGCAAACACUAGGCUGAGCCUAUUCAGUAAAGACCAUGCAUAUGUAUUUAAAAGAUGCUGGACUCACUUCUGUUAUCGUUUAGAAAAGCAACCCUUCUGUUUUUCCUCCCCCCCUUCCAGUGAAAAUGAUGCUUCUUCAGAGAAUGAGAGGCUUUUAAGUCGUAGUAUGGACAGCGACGAAGAAGCUGCGAUUGACAAGCAAGGGACGCCGGAACUGUGCUUGUUGUCUCUCGUCCAUUUGGCCAGAGAUAAAUCUUCCACAAACAACAAAUCCACUGGCGUAAGUCUCACCUGGAGUUUUAAAAAGGGCAUUGGGUCAAGUGCUACUUUCCCCCGUCUGCUUGAGCAGCUAGCUAGCUGCUCUUCCAUCAGGCAUUGUUAGAAAGAAGAAUACAUAAAAUAUCAUUAACUGUGUGGCUUAAGUUCUGGGGCAUGGCCUCAGCGAGAGCUUCCAUUAGAUGGUGGAGAAAGACUGUAUCCAGUUUUUAAUCUUACAGAAUUAUUGGGAUUGAAAAUGAAAUAGCAAACUUCAGUUCUGACUGAGCUCACAUAUUUCAUUCAUAUGAAAUAUGAAUACGUUCAUUCAUAUUUUAGGUAGCUAUUGAAAGGCAACCCCUGCGUCUGUCUAGUCUGUCUAGCUCAGUCAUCUCUACAUGGACUGGUUGUCCAGGAUUUCAGACAUGGUUCUCUCCUGGCGGUACCUAGAGAUGCCAGGUAUUUGAACCUGGGAUCUUCUGCAUAAAAAGCAGGUGUUCUGCCAGUGAGCUACUGUCCCUUCCACAUUGUCUCCAUGUCCUGGAAUGGUGCAAGCAUAGGCAAACUCCAGAUGUUUGGGACUACAAUUCCCAUCAUCCCUAGCUAACAGGACCAGUGGUCAGGGAUGAUGGGAAUUGUAGUCCCAAACAUCUGGAGGGCCGGAGUUUGCCUAUGCCUGGGUUACAGGCAUGUGGCUCAGGUAAAAGGGUAGCACUAAGGUAAAGAUAAAGGGACCCCUGACCAUUAGGUCCAGUCACGGACGACUCUGGGGUUGUGGAGCUCAUCUCACUUUAUUGGCCGAGGGAGCCAGCGUACAGCUUCUGGGUCAUGUGGCCAGCAUCACUAAGCUGCUUCUGGUGAACCAGAGCAGCGCACGGAAACGCCAUUUACCUUUCCGCUGGAGUGGUACAUAUUUAUCUACUUGCACUUUGAUGUGCUUUCGAACUGCUAGGUUGGCACUAAGGGCCCUGCUAAUCCCUGUCAUAUCUAUGAGAUGUUGUGAUCCAUGGAGGGCUGUUGUGGGACCUUUAUGAAAGAAACUGCAGCUGGCUGUGUUGCUGAUAUAGCAGUACUGUCUAAAAAAGUUUGCCAAAAAGCAUUUAUGAAACCAGUUUUUGCUCCCAGUUCUCCUAACAAGUUUCAUGGCAAAGCAGGCUCUUCCCAGGGCCACUAACUCUCAGAUGAUAUAACCCUCUUUCAGGAGGUGUAGGUAGAGCUGCUUGAUUCACCACAGAUGUGGUGCCCUACGAAUCACAUGGUCUCAGGCCAUGAUAUGCAACCGUGAUAUUUUAUGUAUUCUUCCUGCAAUCUCUGGACAGUGUCUGUUCAAAGAGCAAUUAAACGCUGGAACAUGUAAGCAGAAACGUCCAACUGAUCCAAGGCAGAGGAUGAUCUGGUGUGAGAGUAAUGCAAACUCUCCUUAAAGGGAUAGUGGACAUGAACAGACUCCGCAUCUGUUAAGACUUUUAACUCUUCUGUCACCUCAGCAGCAUACAGCAUGAAAGCCUCUAGUCCGGCCAUUAAUUUCACAGAACUAGCUUUCCUAUGGAAACUUCGCAAAUAUGCUUGAAGACGAAACGAAGAUGUUUCUGUAGUUGGCUCCUGUCAAAGGAGGACACACUAAGACAGAAUCGAGACUCAAACUUUGUAUACUUUAUUAUUUCGUUUUCAAUGGCCCCUGCCCUCUUUUUAGAAGUAUGCAGAUGUUACAAGCCUCACUAAUGAAUGCAACAUGGGGUGUGUGGCAAUAGUUGUGAGAUUAAGCCUACCGGCCAGGGGUCUACUACCAUUUGCCAGUACCUGGGGCAGGUAUGCUCCGCAUGCGCACCAGCCGGAGGUGGAGUGCACUCAUCCAGCACUCGCUGCCAACGAUGCUGGGCAGGUGCUAGAGAGUGCUCUUCAGGCUCUGCUCCACAGCUCCCGUCCCUGCUGGGCAAGCGCUCAUGCGCCAGGUGGGGGGCAGAGGGUGCGUGAUGGGGAUCUCUGCAGGGUGUUUUGCGCACUCCCCAGAUUGUGCGCCCUGGAAAACUGCCCCCUGCUCCCCCACACUACGCCACUGCUACCGGCCUACCAGUGGGGUGAUCUUUCUUCCCACAGGGGCCACAUUAUGUGAGUAGAAUUGCCUUGUGUUCACACACCUUUGGCUCAUAUUAAAGAUUCAGCAGCCUAUUAAACAAUUGCAAUUAGGCUCAUAUUAACUUUUUUAAAAAGACAAAUUUUGCUAUUCUGCUUGUAACAUAACUAGCGAAACAGCUAUAUGGGGUUGGCGAUGAAAGUCCCACCCUGACUACUUGAAAACUGUAUUUAGCCACACUUCUGAUGUCAGUUUUCACUAGACAAUGCCUGGAAAAAAUAAGCACGUCUCCACAGCUAUAAAUGCUAAAAGUGGGCAUUACCAUCCCCACAAAGACCCCACCACCGCCACCAAUGAAAUUCAUAGGAACUGGCGUUCUGCACCUAAUACCAAAUCCCAUUCUUUCUAGGGAAUAGAAUACACAAAACUCCUCCCCCUCUGCUCAUCAAACAUCUGAGGAUGAAGGUCCACUUUCAAAUAAAAAUAAUCUUUUAUUUUCCUUAGAUACAAAGCCGGCGGAAAAAGAUACUUGAUCUGUAUGCCAACGUAUGCAGCGUUGCAGAAGGUGAGUGAAAAGAAAACACAUUAAUUUAUAGCCACAUUAUUUGCUACAUAUCUUCAAGAUGGCUAAUAUGUGACAGGCAAUAGAUUCAGAUAAACCCAACUCUGGAGCUGAGGUAAUUUUGGAAGCAAUCUGUCUGAACGGCAGAAUAAAAUAUCACCCAGUGCUAUAGUUAAGACUAGUGCUUUCGGCUGAAUUCCUAUACACUUUUACCUGCGAGAAAUCCCACUCAAGUCAAUCAAGCUUUGAAAAGACGUAUGUAGGUCCCACUGCAUGACAAAAAGCGUUGCUCGAUUACUACUUUUUUUUCUUUUAAAGCCCACUUUGAUUGCAAGAUUCUUUAAGAACACAAGCCAUAGCAAGAUAUUUACGGUCUGUGAGAAUAAACUUACAGCCACAUAAGCAUUUGCAUCUGUUCCACCCCUACCCCUGCCUUUCCUUUUUACCUCAGAAGAUGUGUUUGGAAAAUUCUCUUGUUUUUGACCUCAGGAUAAGAUGGGGAAAGUGGUAGGCCUCACCAGGAAUUUCACCCUUUCCUUGAAAUAUGUGUUGGCCCUGAGGUGACAAUAAUAUAUAUAUUUUUUUAAAAAAAGAAGAAGUUCUCUUUGUUGGGGGUUCCAGUGCUCAUCAAUGGACACUUUUUGCUUUCAAUGAAAACUGGAAGUUUCAACCUCUUCUGUAGGCAGUGCCAGAUUUACGUAUAAGCUAAACAAGCUAUAGCUUAGGGCCCCACUCUCUUUGGGGCCCCCAAAAAAAUUAAAGGAAAAAACUAUUAAUUGUAUUUCAGUUCAACAAUUAUUUUGAUAAAAUACAUAUUUUGUUAUGCGCAAAUGGCUUUAGAUACCUAUUAGAUCCAUGAAUUACCAUAUAGCAUAUAUUCAACACACAAAACAGCGACAGUUUGUUGUUGACAAAGGACAGCUGGACAUAUAAAGGGCCCCAUUACCUUCUGUAGCUUAGGGCCUCAUCAAACCUAAAUCUGGCCCAGCCUGUAGGCAUAAGACCUCCCUAUAAAAUUUUUCACAUGAAGGUUGGCUGUCAGCUUAUGCCAGGAAGAUGGGGAAAGGAAACAGCAGCAAAACAAGGAAGGGGAAUGUUCUGGAUUAAUUGAUCUCUACAAUUCUAUGAUCCGAUGAAAAGCAUUGCGAGUACAAUGUUAAUGCUAAUAAAGUAAUAUUCUGAAUAUGGAGAAGCUAUGGCCCUCUAAAUGUUGUUGGGCUACAACUCCCAUCAUCUCUGACCGUGGGCCAAGCUGGCUGGGGCUGAUGGAAGUUGGAGUCCAUCACCUUCUGGAAGGCCACAGCUUCCUCAGCCCUGCCCGGAAGAGGCACUACAUGUCAAACAUGGAGAAGAGAGCUCAGUAAACGUGACCCUCUAAACUUUCUUUUUAGGCCUCAGUCCCACAGAGCUCCCGUUCGAUUGUCUGGAGAAGACCAGCAGGAUGCUGAGCUCCACGUACAACACCGAGAAAGCCAUUGUGAAGACCUGGCGCCACCUCGCCGAGAGCUUUGGACUGAAGCGUGACGAAAUAGGUGGCAUGACUGACGGCAUGCAGCUCUUUGACCGCAUCAGCACAGCAGGCUACAGCAUUCCAGAACUGCUAACAAAACUAGUGCAGAUUGAACGGCUAGAUGCCGUGGAGUCUCUUUGCGCAGAUAUCUUGGAGUGGGCCCAAGUGAUACCUAAACCUGAUCCGGUGGUGGCCUCGUGA